GUUAUUGGCGCGAAUUUCGAGAUCGGAUUUUCGUCCUCAAACGCUUAGUUAGUCCGGCACCGGAUCCUGUUAUAUUAAUAGUCACUCCCAAAAGAUCAGACACAGGCUGCCGUGUAUGAUUUUAUUAUUAUUAUUACUAAUAAUAAUAAUAAUUAUUAUUAUUAUUAUUAUUAUUAUUAUUAUUAUUAUUAUUAUUAUUAUCAUCAGGUGGAAGAAACGUCGUUUAUGCAGAACAGGGGGACUAUGUACGUUUGCUCACGGCGAGGAAGAAUUGAAAUCAUGGAAAGCUUUGUGCGCAAACAAACAACAGGCAUCAAGUUAUAGAAGCCUGGAGGAUUUGCCAUUCCAAUCUGCCCACCUUGCCUGCAACAAUGUACGUGUUCUAAUAAGCUUAUUCUAGCGCACUCUAUUAUUCUUUGCAAGACGGCUCGAAAUCGCAGACGUUCAUUUAGCAGUGCGACAAGUUGUGCGUUCAUGUUAGAACCAUAGAUAGAUCCUGCAGCUAGAAGUGUUCAGAAAAGUGACGGGAGUUUCUACCACGUUUGUGGGAACCCUUCUCGAAGGCUGCCUUAUUGAUUUCUAAAAAUGACCAGACUAGAAAUUAGAUGAGAAACCUCAUCAUCUUUGUGACAAAUUAAUUACAUGAACGCCGUGUAAUCUUUUGUUGUUUUUCUUGGUUCAAUAGAUGGUCUACAGUCUCCCUGGUGUCGAAGUCACAAGUGAUAAACCUUCUACGGUAAAAAUCUACCAUCGUGGUGACGAAAGAAGCCACGUCUAUGAUUGGGUCUUCAACGUUACAUUUGAGGUAAAUAGAAACAAAUAAUCAAGCGAAAGGGGAGCUCAAAAAUAAAUGUUACUUUUCAAGAAUCAGUGAAAGCAAUAAACCAAUAAAGGGCAGCUACUUCACUCAAAGGUGCCUUAAAGAAGGGUCCCCCAAUAAAUUACAAACAUUGAAACUUGUAUAAUGAUAGGUAGUAUUUAACAACAUCAAGUGGACAGCGAACAUUUUUUCGCUCGUUUUAUUGGCUCAUAACUCUGAAUAACCUUCAGUUGGUUACUGUUUCUGGACGGGAGUUAAAAUGGUGUCUCCUUUGGCUACAGUUUCAGAAGACGAAAUUUUAUCGAUAUAUGGAGCCCAAAUGUAGCAAAAAAUAGCAAGAAGGCGACGAAAUUUGGCUUGGUAAAAAAUUAUUUUCUUCCUGGAUUUGUAACAAAAGUAAAACCAUAACAGUGCAGUAGCAAAAUCGCCCAAAAUCAGUUAAAUGUAAACAAAACACUAUUUAUAAGCGAGUGACGUCUUUUAUUUACAAAAAUAUUAUCUUUUAUUUUAUUGCGCUAGAUAUGAUGUCAUCAAAUUCGGCACACGUACGGUAAAUAAGAAAAUUUGCCGAAGACCCAUUUCUUUUCUUAAAAGAGCCUUACAUACUUUAUCCUUAUUGCUGGUCUGCCCUCAAGUAGUCAUUUGGACGAGGAUGAUAUAAAUAGUCGAGUAGCUUCCCUUAGCGACAAAAUAAAUUUUUCCAUUAUACACCUAAAUGCUCGUAGCUUGCUAAAAAAUCUUGACCAAUUGAAUUUAAUGUUUGGAAGUCUCAAAAAACCAUUCUCUGUGAUCGGUAUUUCAGAAACGUGGCUGACUGAUUGCGCUGCAGAGCUGUUUAAUAUCACUGGAUACAAUUUUGUCUCAAACCAUCGCAAAUCCAAAACGGGUGGCGGAGUAGGUAUUUAUUUACAAAACGACCUUCAAUACAAACUUCAUAAUGAAUGCAAAUUGUCAGAUCCAGAGACAAUUGAGUCUUUAUUCGUGGAGAUUACAGUUCCCCAUGGGAAAAACAUCAUUGUUGGAUCUGUGUAUAGACCGCCAAAUCAAAACGGCCUUCUCUCUAGACAAAUUUAACUACAUUCUUUCUCGUAUUGCUAAGGACAACAAACAAUGUUAUGUUAUGGGAGACUUUAACGUCGACCUUCUCUAGUACAACCAAUUCAUACACCAACUCAAGAAUUUAUCGACACUCUAUUUUUGCACGCAUUUAUUCCUCUCAUCUCCAAUCCAACGCACCUCACCUCUUAUUCUGCAACUCUACUCGAUAAUAUAUUCACAAAUAAUCUUUCUCAAAAUGUUUUAAAUGGUAUUGUUCUAAACUAUUUAUCCGAUCACUUACAGGUUUAAAAUAAAUAAAGUAUUUAUACGCAAGGUUACUGACGAAAAUUUGCGUAAAUUCAACGAAAACUUUUCAAACACAAACUGGGCCUCAUUUCUUGAUGAAGAUCCCAAUAUGGCUUACAAUAAUUUUAUAGAUGAAUACUCGAGAGUCUACAAUGCCUGCUUCCCUUUAAAGGUCAUUAAAGGUAAGCUACUAAACAACUGCAGCUCUCCUGGGAUCUCCCCCGGACUUUUGAAAUCUAUGAACAAGAAAAUUUAAAACAGAUAUACAAAAAAUUCAUCAGAUCUCCCUCAUUAUCCAAUGAGCGAAAGUAUAAAACCUACAAAAACAAACUGAACUACUUAAGAGUUGAUGUCAGUAAGGAUCAAAGAUCGGGCGGACAGAGCUCAAAAUUUGAUUUCGCCUAUACUUUGUACACUGGUAGGUCCAGGUACUAUACAUAUGAAAUCAAGGUUUAUUUGGCUAAAUAUUGUUUCGUUUCAAAGAAAUUUGAUUUUAACUGUAAACGGUAUUUUUCGACGUAAUAACCUUGAAAAUUGCCAACUUUCACGAAGUUAUUGAGUCAUUUAGUCGAUUGUUUUAAGAUGUCUUCACGGAUAUCCAGUUAAUCUAAAGCUAUUUCAGUCCACUGAUUCCCAAAACAGCUCGCUAACGCUGCUCACAAAAAAUAUAUGAUUUUUUAAAGAAGCACACCAACAUCCUUCUCGAAUUUGGUGCAAUGGCUGGUCAAAACAACAUGUCAGAAAUGCCCGCGGUACGCAACGAAUCACACCAGAAAACCUUUUGGUAUUCUUUAAAAGGAUAGUUUUAACUUUCUACAAGCUUAUAUGUUUGGGAUCUUUCGUACUUUUUUGACAAAUACUUCUUAAAGUGAGCACAAUUCCGCCAUCCGCCAUCUUGGAAUGUCUUACAUUACCGAAACAGGCGAAACGGAAGUCACCGCUACGGCAUCGAACGGCACAUAUUUUUUCACUUCUUUUGACUAAAGAAUCUUCCAUAAGCUUUAAGAUCAACCAAAUUUACCUGUAAUCAAGUCCAAUGUCAAGAAAAAGCAGCAAGAAACGCACCAUACUUCGGCGAUUACUGUCUACAAUCGUAGUCUGCAAAGACUAAAAGUGACUCCGUGCUGUGACUCGGGCAACGUUUGGACUUUGACGCGCUUCACUGAGUAUCACUUGUGUACCCUUCUCUUGAGCUUUCAAUACUCAUCCGUUUCAAUUUUAGUUUUGAUAAGUCUCAUUCCAUGGGCACUUUUAACUCUCCAUCCCGCAUCUCGUAUAACAAUAUUCCAUUUGUCACGCAAUAUGUGUGACAAAUGAACCGGAAAUGAAAUUCUCCUCAAACUCCUUUUCGGCAUUUUAAGAAACUUUCCUGACUUAACAAAGUGAAUCCUUCACUAAAACGGUCUAAAUCAGAGGCUUCAAUUUUUAAAUUAAAUUUAUGUGGGUAGAUUAAAUGAUCUCAACUUUAACUAUAAUCACACAUAUAUCUAGAAAUAUCAAACCGAAACUAAUACCAUCAUUUUUUUAGAAAUGACGGAGAAAAUGCAUGCCUUUGAAAAUCUACAGGUUUUCACAUAUCAAUCCUUCGUUAAAAGAAAAAGUUAGGGUAACUAACUUCUUUUUCGUCACCAGAGCUGCUAUCAGUUUUUUUUGGCUGGUCAAAAACCACGCAAUCUGCUAAUAUGUACAAAGCCUCUGCUGAAAAACACAAUUGGUUCGCAAUUCUUUGCCUUAUCUUGUAUUUGUUCUUGUUGUUCAUUGUUCAGAAGCAAGGAAAUUCCGGUUAAACGAGUGGGCAUUAAAAGUACAGUCUCUUUAUCUGAGCUGUGAACUUAUGCAUCAAUUGCAGCUGCGUACAGUCCCCGCGGGCUGACCUCCGGGGAGGUCCGGGGUUGGCCAAUGGCCGACCUCCGGGCAAGGCAAAAUUUGCUAAUGCCCUACCCCCGGGACCGACAAGGGGGAAAAUAUCCCACAGUGGCCCGCACGGGGGGGGGACUAGGUGCAGCUGGAAUUGAUUGAUGCAUUAGGGCAUUGCAUUUUGCCUGACCCGUGGUCCCUGAAAACUUAAGUUAUAAUCACGUAUUAUAACAACCUCGUUCCCAGGGUUCUCUCCUACCCGGUAGGAGAGAACCCUGGGAUCGAGGUUGGUGUUAUAACAGGAUACAAGCUUACAAUUUCUUUACUCGAUUGUUCUAGUCGAUUACACUCGAGCACAAGAGCACUCCUUAACGACCUGCGUAAUACGACUUAUAAGUGGCUUUUUUCGUUUUUCCGUGAUAUCAUCCACGUUUAAGCCAAUAUCUUCACAAAUGUCCCUUAGCACUGAAACUGUUAAGGUAGAUAAUUUCUUUGUAUGAACCAAACUGCAAAUGUUACGGGAAAGGGCGACAAUGGGGUGACGUAAAGCAAUUUCUUCGCUGACAACUUCCUUUAGGUGCGAAUGUAAGGCCUCUGCCUCGACUGCACACUGCCCUUCGUCUUCACUUCCACUUUCUUCGUUCGAUGUUGCUGACGUUUUUCGAAUCCUUGCUGCCAGUCUUGAGAAGAAUCCUGCCACCUGCUGUGGCGAAAGAAUAUCCUUUCCACUGAAAAUACGAGCAGCCUUUUCGUCCCUCACUCUUCGCAUUUCUUGCGAUACCUGUUGUGGAUCUGCCUUUUUACCACACUCCUCCCCGAUGAGAAACUGUUCUGUGAGGAACUUUCUUUGUUCUUCUGUAAACUGGGUUCUACUCCUUGUUGUUUUAAGAGCCCAUCCCAUCUCAAGUGUGGAAUGUAGUUUAUCAACUGAGAUUUUUGAUGUCGUGUAGAAACCAAAAGUUGGAACUUUCGUUUGCUCUCCAGUUAUUCUCGCAGCGUAUCCUUUUCUGGCUUUGUCAAACAGUGUUUCUUUUUCUAGCGCGAGCUUGUGCUUUCCUUCGUCUAAAUGUGCUUGCAAACUUGAGGACCGCUGGAAUGUCUGAAUACACCCAUCUUCUGGGCAGGUAAAAAGGCCGCUUACUUCCUCUUUCUCUUUUUCGACAUGCAUGUCUUGUCCUGCUGUCUCUUGCUGGUCAGGACUACUCAGCCGUUGUUCGGACAAAGAUUUUUGCUGCACUUCCUUUCUAGGAUUGAUUUUUCUAAAGCUUGACUGCUGAGAGCGGGUAUCAGGAGGCUCCAAAACUUCAGGUGUAGCAGGAAAGAUACCAUCGGUUUGAAUGUCCUUCCAUGUUACCAGCUUUCCGGGCCCGAUGUUAUAAGCCUUCCAUGUUGUGAUACCAUUUGGACAAAACUGGAAGUUAUUAAGCGUACUAAUUCCGUCCCAUUUGAUCACGUUUUUGCCAGCAGAUAGUUUGGGAGGCUUCACAUACUUCACAAUAACGCCAGGAAUACCGCCAUUUGAUUCAAUGGCUUCUUUCAUCUGUGCAGCGUUGUUCACAUCGUGCCCCUCGUUUAAGUACACAUUGAUAUGUCCUUUAAUUGUUGCGGCCUGGCGGUCGGCUUCUCCCUUGCCCCCUUGUGGAUCUGAAAAGUCGAACCUCUCCACCUUGACAUCAGAAAGACUGUUCAACCUGCUUCCUACAAUUGUUGACCCACAAUGAUAACAUCCUGCGUUGUUUUGUUUGCAAUACACUUUUUGCAGUUGUGGCCGACGCUCCUUUAACAUCUCGAUAACAUCUUGUAAAAUGGCGGUUACUGCAACGCUAUCCUGAGGACAACUCUGAAACAGGUGGACAAAAGUGAGCUUCUCAAGCGGGGCAUUUGCUUCUGAUCUUGUAAAAGCCACUGUUAUGUGCCAUGGAAUACCACGUUUGGCGAACCAGUCACACUGUGAUUCGCGAAACUUUCGGGGUAAGAAUUUCAUCGCCCAGUCCAUAACUAAUAAUGCUGAACUCCGACAUAUGACAUCUAACACGUCAUGUUUUGCUUGAUCCUGGUUAACUGUUCGGAGUUGGUGAGCUUUCCAUGCCAAAAUGUCCUUUUCAGCUUGAGCCACCAAACAGAUACUGUCAUCUCUUUCUUCUUCAGACUGAAGUUCUGCGCACGCUUCUUUUAUGGUAGACAGCACCCCGGUUAAUUUAUUGCAUUCGUAGCAGACCUCAUCGUGGUUAUGGUUACACUUUCCUUGAAAACAACUAUUUUUAGGAUCACUUAGGGAAAACGUUAAACAGUGAUCUGCAACUUCUGAUUCCAUUGUAACGUGCACCUAAAAUGUGAAAGAUUAUUAUCGUCAUCAUCAUCAUAGUUAUCACUAUCAUUAUAAUUUUUACUAUGAUUUUUCGUUAUUAAUAUCAGCUGCUUUAGGGUAAAAUCUUUUAAAAGUAGUAAAAGAAGUUUGAAACUUAUUAAAGCUUGUCCGAACCGCUUAAAGGGCGCAAAUUGAAGAUAGCUUCCGCUUAAUCAAUGUUUCGAGGUUUAGCCUCAAUACUAGCUAGUACAAUGCAGCCAGAGAAAGUUGACUUUCAUGUUUAUGACCAAUUCGCUUAAAUUUAGCAUCAAUCCAGCCAAAGUACAAAGUUAAUAAUCUACUAAAAGAAUAACGAAAUAUUAAGAUAGCCUUACCUUGUAAUCAGACCGCAGAUAUUGUUUGGCAGACCGAAGUGUUUGUUUCAUUUCCUGGGCCCAGGCUUGUGACUUUGCUUGAUCUGCUAUCUUGUCUACUAUCUCGCUAAGAUCUUCUAUUGCCUUACUGCCUUGUGCAGAGAAGUUAUCCAAGCCCUGCAGAGAGGUGCGCACUGACGCAGAGCAAACGUCUAGUACUCGGAGUUGUGUGCGCUUGCUCAUCGGAGUGAAAUUGGUCUCGGUACAAAACUGAAAAUACUGUUGUGUUAUCCGUUCUGGUAUUAGCAUCCGUACGACAUUAGGUGUUUUAAUCACCUCCCCUGUUGAAAGUUUCAGCAUCUUUUCUCCAAAUGGUAUGUCUUGUACAAUAUGGGAACUUGUAAUAAAGUCGAGAAAAUGAUCAACUUUGGCGAAAUCAACCUUCAUACGCCUAGUGAUAUCAGUAGGUACGAUCGCACCUCUACCAUGUAACAGUCUAUGAUGCCGCGCGAUGUUAAAUCUGUAAGGCGUCACCCCGGGAAUGUAAUGCGUCAGUUCCUUAAGCGAUAGUUUAUCUGCCAAGAUGGACAAAAUUUGUCUUCUCGUGCUCCAGUGAGUUGCGUUUAAAUAGCUUUCUGCUAAGGCUUGUAAAAUUUCUUCUUCGGCUUGUGUUCUAUCAGAUGGUAAGCUUUCACCUAAUGUGGUCAAUAAUUUAUCACUUUGUCCUGGAGCAAUUACUUCAAGAACCUCUUGAACACUUUGUUUUGCUUUACGGCUGUACCUUCUCUUUGUGCGCUCGUUAGCACUUUCCCAUGGAACGGACAACUUAUGUCGAACAGGGCUAACAUCACGAGAGGCUAAAAAAUCGUUUAACUUUUUUAAAGGCUCUUUUGCCGUGCCUACUUGGCUUCUAUGCGGUGGGUUCUCAAAAUCAGAACCUUCCAAAUCCGAUUCUGGGAUGAAUAUACUCUCUCUUCUUUCAUCAACAUGAAUUACUUGGGCUGCUGCAGUUUCUGCCUAAAAUUUCACAAAAUUAAAAAAAAAAAUUAAAAAGUCUGAGGUAAGACCCCAAAACACUUCUUCCAGUUUCGUUGUUGUCAGUACAAACAUAAAACAGUUUGAACGUACUCAAAAUUGGAUUCAAACUAGCUGCGUACGGUUUCUAAUAUUACAAGGAAAGAUCUUUGUAGUUUGUAGACGUAAAUCAUAGAAUGUCAUACUUACCAGAGUAAGCUCACCUAGAUGCUCUGUAAGUUCGUCAAAAUCUGAUUGUGGCAGGCUGCUUUCAGGGGUAUGUGCUUGUUUCGUCAGGUUCUUUCGACACUUAGUACAAAUCGCUAAAAAAAUAUAAAAAAUUACAAAAAUGUUAACCCACUCUUUUUAUAUUUUCUCACCCGCACUUGCAUUUCUGAUUUCUUGCUAUGCCAUUUAUCAUUUUUACACACGCCCCUCUCUCAUCGUUUUCUUUUUCGACCUUGGUUCAACGUAUCACUCGGCUAUAAUUCUUACUUUGCGAACCACAAAAGAAGAAAAAAAACACACAUCAAAAAACCGCCGGCUACGUAGACUAUAUGCGAGGCUACCCUUCGAAAUCGGUAAGGCGCAUCUUGGCUCCUUUCCAGAAAUGGCGCCGAAAUCACAGUUCUUGAGUGUGAACAAAAGCCCUAUCCCGGGUUUGGUUUUCUUGGCGGAACAAAGAUAUCUUGCAUAGUGUGAACAUAGGGUUAAAGGCCUGUUUAUGUGAAGUGAGCCAGCCCGAUUAGCCCAGCUUGCCUGCUUUAUCCGGCUGGCUCGGCUUAUACCCUGUGUCCUUAUAAAAUUUCUGCUAUGUUUAUAUGAGAGACCAGGCUGGCGAGAUACUGGUUGCCUGAGGAGAGAUUUCUGCAAGUGGGUCAGUCCGGCUUCAUAUAUUAACAAAACGGAAAUUUUAAAGGGAACCAAGGUAUUAGCCGAGCCAUUCCAAUAAAACGGGCCAGCCCAGCUAACUGAACUGACUCACCAUUUUAACGACGGCAGAGAUAUGUUUGAUGUGUUAUAUGACGUCAUACGUUAUAACCAAAUGUUUUACUCCCGCAAGUAUUACAAAAGAAGAAGGAUUAUAUUUACCUGAACCAACUGGAAUGAAUUCACCAGUGGCUUCCAAUAUGUACUUCGACUGAGCCAAGCUACAUCCCCGCUCGGCAUUUUUCUUGGAUUCUUCACUGUGUCCAGAGAGUUUGCCUGGAACACUGCAUACCCGCUUAGACCUUCGCCACCCAAUACCCAAACUAACGCGGUGCAGCGGACAGAUAGUCAUGUCGUGGAUAUUUUCUGGCGUUUGGAAACAACCACUGCGGGCUAGAAUAAGCUCAAUUUCCGUUUCGCAGCCACUGAAUUGAAGCUGUUUUUUGUGGCUCGAUAUAUUCUUUGAGCAUGAUACCAAGGGUACGAUUUUACGCGACGCAGUCUUUGACUUUGGAUCAGCCCCGCAUUCUCCACCGACCAAAAGUGAGAAGGUACACGCCAUCGCUCAAUAUUGUAAGUCAACGUUUACGUUUAACGAUUAACUCGGCGCUAUUUUACUUCCUUGAGAAAUUUACAGUGAAAAUUAGUUUUUCGGAGAGAGACUUGUAGACUGGAACAAUGAUAACACAAUACUGGUUGAAAAUACGCCAAAGUAAUUUAAUUAUCAAGUGCUGCAAACGUAACUAUAUUUUUGAUGCAUCUUGUUUAUGCCAGUCUCAAUCCCAAUUUUCAUUUUAAGGGACUUUACGCCAGUCCAAAUCAAAGUUUUCUCAGUUUUGAAGGGAUCUUUAGCCAUAGAUUUUUUAUUGUUUCAGUUUAAAUGCCGUGUUGACAACCGCGAAGCGAUGUACUAUUUACACAGGUGUUCUGUAUUUGCAUAAUGGCUUCGUGCGGUCCGAAAAAACAGAGUUCGUGAAGUCCUUUCCUCUAAAGGAAACGGAAUAUAUAGCGGAGGAUUUCAAAACGGAAAUCGCUCAUACGUUAUUCGACGUUAUGUGAAGUCUAACAACGGUGUCAAAGGUCGGUGCGUGACGUGUAGGAAAUCAAUGUCACGAUAUCAUGCAUGGAGUCUCAAUCCUAUAAGCCACUGCCAAACUGCCGUUAACUUUAAAAAUAACGUAAGGGCAGCGACUUAGUGAUAUACCAAGCUAAAUCUCACUUGCACUUAUAAUUUUAGACUCAAUUAAUCCAAAAGUAAUACGAUUUUUGUACGGUACUUUCUCGCAGUUUCAAUAUGGCGGUCAUCGAAAAAUCUUGCAAAUUAGCAAUCUUCGGGGCAGUUGUAUCGAAAAACUGAAAAAGAUCCCAAAGAAAUGAAAAUGAAACAUAAAACAUCUAUCCUUAAACUGUAGAGAAAGCUUAGUCUGAGGAUAUAUUUUGGCGUACCGACCGGAUUUUUAGGCAAGUCUUUUAUGUCACUUUAGAGCGAUCCAGAAAAGGCAACGAAGUGCCUUCAACGAAAAGCUCUCCACGAGUCAUAUUUUCAUAUAAAAUAAAUUAUCAGUCAUUAUAGACAAUAUUUAAUUGACCAAGGGACAAGCUAUUUAUUCAUAGUAAGAAAUCAUUUAUAGACUUUACCCCGCAAACUUGAAAGAGUCACGAAUAUAGUAAAAUUUCGGUUCAUCAAAGAGGUCAUUUUGGUGCAAAACAGACCCAACCGAUUUUAUUUAAUUCCCCUUAUGAACGCAAAAAUUAGACAAAACAAACCCUAUUUUGUUAACUACGAUACAAUACUCUAUCAAUGUAAAAAGUAUCAGCGAAAACGAAUUUUGAGCUGUGUCCGUGAUUUUGGGAUUAUCUCCGAUUCUUACUGACAUUGACUCUUAAUUCGCAUCGCAAGACGUAAAUACUAUGAUACUAAGUUUGAGAGUGCCAAAAACGACCUUAGAACAACUUGGAAAUUGCUUAAUGAGGUUAUAAAUAAGCGUAAAAGUAAAUCACCUUUGCUUUCAUCAUUUGCAUCUGAGGGUAAAACGAUAACAGAUCCUGUGGAGAUUGCUGAUAAAUUCUGUAAAUACUUUACUAAUAUUGGCCCCAAUCUAGCUAGAGCAAUAAGCGACGUAAAUUCCUCAUUUAGUUCUUUUCUUGGUGACGUUAACCAUCCUCCUAUCACCCUGCAACCUACCGACCCCUGUGAACUGGAAAGCAUUUGUAGCAUGUUCGCCUCUGGGAAGGCCCCCGGCUAUGACAAUAUUUCAAUGCGUGUAAUUAAACACUCAUUUGACCUGAUUUCUGCCCCUCUGGCCAACAUCAUAGACCUGUCUUUACAAAAAGGUAUCUUCCCUGAAAAACUAAAAAUUGCUAAAGUGAUUCCUAUUUACAAAGUAGAUGAUCCUAGUCAUUUUACAAACUACAGACCCAUUUCUUUGUUGUCCAGUUUUUCCAAAUUUUUUGAAAAAGUAAUGUAUAAUCGCACGAUUGAAUUCGCAGAGCAGUAUAAUAUACUAUACCACUGCCAGUUUGGAUUUCAUAAAAACUAUUCAACGUCCCAUGCUCUAAUCCAUCUGAUAAAUAGAAUCUCUUCGGCAAUUGACCAACGUGAAACUACUGUAGGUGUUUUCCUGGAUCUCUCCAAAGCUUUUGACACUCUUGAUCAUCAAAUCUUAUUCACCAAGCUGGAGAACUAUGGUAUCCGUGAUGUGGCUCUGCAGUGGAUCAAAAGCUACUUUUCUUGCCGUCAGCAAUUCGUCCAAAUUAAUCAAACUUGUGCCUCAAUGCAGACCGUUAAGUGUGGAGUUCCUCAAGGAUCCAUCUUAAGCCCCUAUUCUUCAUACUUUACAUAAAUAUGUUUCAUAAUGUUGACAGGCCAUACACGACUCCCUUUGGCCAAGUUGUUUCAUAAUGUUGACAGGCCAUACACGACUCCCUUUGGCCAAGUUGUUGUAUAUCUUUGACCUUUAAGCUUCAUAGUUUGAGUUGUUCAUAACGUUGACAGGCUAUUCACGUCUAUCUUUGGCUCAGUUGUUGUUGCUUUGACCUUACCUUCAUAGUUUAGCUCUUACGAGUAUAUCUUGUAGUGACUUUCCUCUUUUGUAAGAUAUUAUGGGCGGGUCUUUAAAGAUUUCUCUAAGCAACGGUUGGUUUUCUAUAAGAUACCAUUUGUGCAUGAUGAUUUUUUUUAGAUUCGGUACUGAGGGGCGAUAUUCUGUCAUGAAUGGUAGUAUAUUCUUGUGCGUUUUCGUUCUGUUUUGCAAAGCCGACAUUCUUCCGUGAUGCUUGACUUCUGAUAGGUGCUUAUCUAUCACUUUAUCUCUAUAACCCCUCAUACGGAGUCUUUUCUUGAAAUUAGUUACGUUCUCUUCGAACGUUUUCUCAGAAGAGUUUGUUCUGUGUAAUCUUAAGGCCUCGCCCUUUAUGAAUCCUUUCUUAACCCCUGGGGGGGACAUGAAGAGAAGUACGUGUAUUGGAAAGUUUCUGUCGGUUUGAAGUGUGUACGCACAUCUAGGAUUGAUUCCUUCUUAAAUCUUUCUCCUUUGUAAAUACAUGUAUCCAGAAAGGUGGUUUCUGUUUCUGAAACUUCAGCAGUAAAUUUUAUGUUCGGGUGGUUGUUAUUUGCUAGUUCGAUGAAUGAGUAUAUUUCUUCUUUGUCUACAUUCCACAAUGAUAAUAUGUCAUCGAUAAAUCUCUUCCACACUAGUGGUUUGUGCGGACUUUUGUUAAUAAUUUCUGUCUCUAUUGCAGACAUAAAAAUGUUAGCAAAUGCAACAGCCAUUUUUGUUCCCAUAGCUGUACCUUGUACUUGGAGGUAGUUUUUUCCAACAAAUUGGAACGAAUUCUCCCUUAGGAUUUGUCUGAGUAUUGGCUGGGUAUUGCAGGUUUGUUUUGAUAGAAUGUUUCGUAUGUUUUGCAUAUAAUGGUAAUUCCUUCCUCCUGUGGGAUGUUUGUGUAUAGUCUAGUUACAUCCAUAGAGACUAAAAUAGCAUUUUCUACGACCCUGGUUUUCUCUAUGAAGUUGAUAAAGUCUGUCGUAUCUUUAAGAUACGAUUUUUGCGAUUUAGCAAUUGUUUGGAGGAGACUAUCAACAAAUGAUGAGAUUCUUUCCGUCGGGCCUUCGCAGCCCGAUAUGAUCGGUCUUCCAACUGGUGUUGGUUUGUGAAUCUUUGUGAGAGUGUAGAAUUGUGGUAUUCGCGGUGGAACUGGGCUUCUACUUUUUGCUGACGACACGAGUAUCUUUUUUUCACACUCUAAUCCCAACUACUUAGAGAAUGUGCUUAAUAAUGAGUUACUAAAUAUUGCUCUCAGUUAAUAUCAAAAAGACAAAUUAUGUUACCUUUAGUCCGAGUCAGAGGAAACUCAACCACUCUCUCUCUUUUGGAGGUCAACCUCUAAUUCAAAGCAAUGUAACUGAAUUUCUUGCAUAGGGUGUACCUAGACGAACAUCUUACUUGGAAGUAUCACAGAAAACUUUGUCUGUAAACAAAUCGUUAAAUCAAUCGGUAUUUUAUCCAGGAUGCGUUUCUACUUAUCUUGUACUUAUCGCUGUACUACACAUUAAUUUAUCCUUAUAUUACUUAAUGUAACUCCACGUGGUCUUCUACUUACGAAUCUAAUUUAAACAGAAUUUACUACCUACAAAAGCGGGCUGUGCGAGCUAUUACAACUUCAGAAUAUCGAGCACAUACUGCUCCUCUAUUCUACAAAUUGGAAAUUCUAGAUAUUUUCCAAAUUAAUACGCUCGAUACUGCUAAAUGUAUGUUUCGCUACCACAAUAAUCUGCUGCCUCCACUCUUCCGUAAUCUGUUUAUGACAAACAGUCAAGUCCAUAGAUAUGACACAAGAACAGCUGGUAAUUAUCGAGUGCAUUCCUGUCGUACGAACAUCAAGAAAUUCACAAUUCUCUACCAAGGCCCUAGAAUCUGGAAAUGUCUUCCUGCAUCUAUUACAAACUUGUCAAGCUUUUCUGUCUUUAAGGACAAAGUGCUAGAGAUUUUAUUAAAAUAGUUACUAACUUAGUUUAGCCGCACUUCUUCGCGGCCCUUAUUUCUUAUAAUAUUGUGAUGUCGAGGUGGCCUCUCUUUGUAAGCCUGGUGGUGUCUUGAGGUCUCCUCGCCUAACAACCUGCUGUAUCCUGUUAAAUUUGUUGUUAAAAAAGGCUAAUAAAUGAUGAUGAUGAUGAUAAUUAUACCGUUGGUUUUACAUCAUGCUGGUCUUUAUCAAAAACAUGAAAGUGGCCCGAUGUCCAGCACGUCUGCUUGCUUGCAAUUUGUUCUUAGGUCUAUUUUGGGCCUCAGCGGUCUGUGCACAAGGGGAUUAAUCAUGAUCGUACGUGCUACCAAGCCUGCGAAUACAGCAUCCGCCUCCCUCUUUGAUCCCCGCCUGAUGUGUUACCUCGUCAUGAUCAACUUCUAGUUGUGCCAUCAAAGCUAAUCGUUACUCCAAUUUCCCCCAAAUGAUGCCUCAGCAUAAUUUUUCAUAUGUAGGAACGACAUAAUAAAUCUAGACGCUAACGGUAAGGGUUAUUUAAUAUAGCCUGUUCACAGACCCUCUAUUUUCUCUUCAAAGUCCGUCGAGCGCGGGUGAUAAAAUAUAAACCGCAGGGUAUUUAUUGACCGCCAGCGCAAGGGGGUAGUGGUGGGGGAAGAAGAAAAUAGACAGUCUGUAGACAUCUUUGGGAGCAACUGGAACUUGCUUUUCGCAGGAAAAGCAAAUUGCCAUUGGCUGAACGGCGACCCCAUCCCAAGUGAACUUGGGAUGGGGUCAUACAAGAAGCUUGUGUUGAGCAUGUUGACCAUAAUUAUCUUUUGUAUCGUAGUGUAGACUAUGACGACUGUUUGGCACAAUUUUCAAGCAAAUACGUACUCAAAGAAGAGCAGCACCAGGCUGUUUUGGGGUUUACUGGAGCAAAAGGAUGUUGUGGCGGUUCUUCUAAGGGAUUUUGCGAAAAGUAUAAUUUAGCAGUUGUUCGCGGCAGUGAAACUCAAACGAAUAGUAAAGAACGUGGAAUUGUAGGUGCAUCACUAUUACGAGGUAUUAUCAAUUAUCAAGCUGAAGCAAUGAGAGAAGCUGACAUUUCAGCCUUUGCAUUACCUUGCAGCGGAACCAUGAGGUGAUGCGGACAUUUUCUUUUUUUAAAACCGAAAGCUAUCAUCGUCGUGCUCGCUUUCUUGAAAGCUGGCUUUAAUAAAAGAAAAUCCAGCUCGGUUGCUUAUAACCUGAUUACUGCAAGGCGACAAAACCCUACCUGACUGAUCUUCUGUUUGCGAAACGGUAAAACCAAGAUCUCUUAAAGGGACUGUGUCACGAUAGUGCGCAUGUGUGAGCUGUGACAGUAGCUGAUUGUCUUUGAACCAAUCGGAAGCGAGGAAGAUGCACGCGAGGAAAUUUACAUAAUUUAAAAUUCAUUGUUCGCUAAGCGGGAGUCUUCCGGACGUUUAGGUUCGAUUUUAUUUAUCCCCAUAAUUCAUAUUUAUUCUCUAGUAUUCCUCAGAUAAAUGUUGCAGCUGAUAAGAAUAAGAUUAACAACCCUGUCCUACUUUGAAACAAACAUUUACCUACGUGUAUUUUUACGUACACACGCUAAAAAACCAGUCUCGGAUCUGCAAACAAAAAUACUUACUGAUCUCUCUGUUUACCCUAUAUAAACUUAGAAAUACCUGCAAAUAGCUCCUGACCGGUGAUCAAAACACACUAUAUAGGAUGAGGCAAACGUUUUGCUUAAAAUGCCAGCUAAAUGCGCGCUAUAAUAAAAUAAACCAUGCCAUGCGGUCGGCUAGCGCGGUGAACACUCUUCAUGAACACAGUAGCUCAGUCGAUUGACACCAGCUGAAAAUCGUUGCAGUGUUUGAAAACAAUUCUUAGCUUUUCAUCAUAAAACGCUUUCAUUGAAAUAGUAGCCACAUAACGUAUAAGUAGAAAGAUUAUUCUAAAAGAACAACGCAAAAAAAGGCAUAAACAGGAGCCCAUCACUAUGGCAUAAAUUUCAACUGCUUAGCAGCAAAUAUAAUAAUUCCUUUCGAGUCGUUGCGUCGGGUGUUCCGCAAAACAAACGUUAUCGAUUCAACAGAUAAAGAAACCAGAUGUUAAACGGAACAUUCAGGGAACAUUUUAUUUUUAAAAGUUCAAUUCUUAAAAAUCUACGCUCAUACAGAAAAGAUACAAGGAACAUUCCCAGUGAACUACAUCAGUAAAGAUCGCGCGGCCUGUUGUCAGUACUUUCUGCUAUACAACUACGGAUCGGAGUCAUAAAUAGAAUGCCUGUUAAAACGUUUCAUGUUCGAUGGAUUGUUUCCUCAAAUCUCACACGACUUCCUGUACAACAAAAGAUUGCUGGGUUUUCUCCUUCUGAUUCCAGACACUCGAUAAACUAAAUUGUUGCAGACAAUCGGAAGUCAUGUCGCAGAUAAGCUUCACUCGCCGCUGCGUCCCAUUAGUAGUCCACGGCUGUAUCGAGGAAACCCUUUUUAACUCUCUUUACAUAUUUAUCGUUAAAUAAUAUCCGUCAAAGGUAGAUCGUUGAUUGGAGAACCUUAAUAGACAGAAAUGAAAGCCAGAUGACCACAUUAAAGGCCACAUUUGAUCCCUUUGUAGGAACACUGACAACAACGAACUUGGCUUCGUACGGUUCUCCUCAAUGACUUAGAAUUUUCUUGAUAAUACUUGCACAAAAAUACAAAAUAUGGCGUUUAAAACUUCCCAAAUGGACCAAAUAGCUCUUGAAUACUGAUAACAUAUAGAUUUAGCCAGGGCUAAAAGCGAAGCUGUGGUUAAUAAUACGUGUAAACAAAAAAAAAAUUUAAUCGUGUAACGCUAAACGGGGGACGACAAUGAAAAUGGCUUCAAGACUAAUAGAUCUAAUUAGCAAAAAAACAAAAUUGCACGUGCAGCACACUUUUUCUUCUAAUUAGCAAAAAGCAAAUUUGCACGUGCAGCACGCUUUUUUGUCUUUCCCUUGCCGUUGUUUUGCACGACUACAACACUGUUUUGUACGACUAAAACGUCAAUCUUCCUAGUUACACGCUAUUUUCAUGGAGAAAUUGUCGUAUGUGCUUACCCAAUAUUUUGUUUCCAGUGUUCAUGUUCGCUUUUAUUUUUCACUGCCCUCAUUUUCACCUUGCUGGCCGCCAGCGUUUCUCAUUUUCUCACCUCCGCUUUAAAUUUCCAUGUUUUUCUUCCAACGAAUUUUCAAUAACUCGCUCUAGCUCUUUCUCUGUUAUCCACGUUAGUGUACACAUAAAAAAUAACGCCGAAAAAGACACGACUUUUUUCUUUCUAAAAGUCGGGGCGGCCAUGUGAUUUCCUUCCAAAUAAAACCUUGAGUUGCAUUUGGGUUCCCAUAUCUGUUGAUUGAGUUAUUUUACAUUGGUAUGCCUGUGGUGCGGACGGAAGGUCGCCCGUUCGUUCGCUCGCUCGGUGUACGGUCACGUGAUUACCAAAUUUUCUGGGAUGGGUAGAUUACCACAUUUCCUUAGCUAUGGGGCUCCGCCCACGCGCGCGCUUUGCGCGCGGGUGGAGCUCCUCUAUUAUGGCUUUCUCGGGCGUUUCAGGGUCGAUGGAAGAGGAUUUCUUCACCAAACGCCAGUCUUGAAAAACUGUUCGCCGGAACAGAAAUCAAGUUGUCGCACAUGCGCAGAAGCGUGUCACAGUCCCUUUAAAUCGUCCGCCACAUUUCGUUUUGUAACACCUUGACGAACACUCUCAAAAAAAAGAUUCUCUGUAGCUUUACGGGAACGGGAUUGUUGCCCAGUAAUAUUGACGUAUACAAAACACCCACAUAUCCUACAAUAAAACCGAUGUUCCGAUUUGUAUCGGCUGCGGAGCAGUCUAAGGAUGAUCUAUAAGGAAGACAUGCUUCAACAAACACACGACUCCGAGUGUCAUUGUUCUUUUGAUUGUAAAAUACUUAAGCCAUUACAUAUGCAAUUUAUAAGUCCAAUUCUAUUGGUCCAAUUUAAUUGGUACUGCGAACUUGGAGGUGAUAAUAAUGAGGCGUUGAUAUGGGGGAGGGACUUAAUAAACCUAUUUUUGCCCAAAGAUGUCUACAGACGUUCUUUAUUUUUAUUUCUCGCGCUCGCCGAUGUUUUUGAAAAGAAUGAAAAGAAACAUAAAACAGCGUCUGUGUACAGGCUAGAUUUAAUAUGCCUAACGUGCUCCAAUUUCUUAUUUAUUUCAAGAUCAGGAAUUACCUUGCAAACAACCAGUGACUAGUCGGCCUGUGUGUGUCCAUUUCAGUCUCUUUUUUCACCUCACCACUUAAUUAUGUAUCUGAAAACCAAAAACGAAUCUAAUAACUUCCGAAGCCCGAUGAUCAAGCUAAAGUCGAAAUAUCCCCAUAGGCAAACCAGCAAUUAAAGGUUUAUUUAGUAAAUGUUAUCUUCUUCCUGUUGUAGAUAAGUGCGGUUGGCAUUUUGAGGAAAAUUGACCUCCUUCAUCAGUAUCACAAUUGCUAUAGGCUGACCAAAGUCAAAAUUGUUGUAAACGACGAGGAGAUUGUUUCAAAACCGACAGAUCCAUGGUCGUUUAGCCUUCCCAGCAGGUUGUUUGACGUGAAAGGAGGCAAAAUGAGAGUGGACAUUUCCGUUUCCUUUGAAACAGAAAAGUUUGACCAGACGUUUACCCAGUGCCUUCGAUUUGAUUUUGGCGGCAGGCAUUGUUUACAAGGUUUGAACGUAGAUAUAGCUAGUAAGGAAGCCUUAGACUCGAUGUGGACGGAGGAACUGGUGAACGUUUUAGUGUCAUCAGAAGAUACCGAUUACAGUCUGGAGGAUAAAAAGUUGCAGGAAAGAUACAGAUUGCCUCCAAGGGUAGAGAAUGUAGUUUCAGCCCAAGUGAUGGAGGUGAACCUAACCUCAGAGAACUACAAACAAGGGAUGCACCAACUCUUAUUUACUGAGGAACUUUUCAUGAAAAAAGCGAUUUCAAGGUAACUCAGAUUUUACCGUUUUUUUUCCGGGCCUUUUGCUUUCACCACUCGAAGUUUGUUCUUGACUCCUGUAGGCCUACUGAAAGACUGUGUUCAGGUGUCCUCUUUUGCAGAACUCCGAACGGUCGCCGAAUGUCCAAUGAUUCUGAAGUAUGGUGACUAGACUGAUUAGGGUUAGGAAACUGCGGGAAUCAACUUCCAUUUGGGGGUCAUUUAACACACAGCCGGUGAACUGGACUAUAACUUUUAAAUUACGUUGAUAAUAUCAUUUCAGAUCUUAAAACAUCAGUCUCACUUUCUUACUUACGUCUGAUGCUUUCAUUGCAUCAAACAAAGGGGAAACAAUUAAGUUAUAUUCUUGGUUCACAACAAGGUGGCCGUUUUGGUGGACAAAACGAUGCAAUAUUUUUUGCAGAAUUUGCAUGAGAAAAAGUGGAGGGAAACGCUUUGUUUGUUCUUGUCAUCCGAAAAGGCUGCCGUGACGUCAGCUGAAAACCAUGCACCAUUCAAUUACAUCCAGGACCUUCUCUCUUUUAGACAUUAUUGAAGGGAAUAACGAUGCCAAAGCCAUUACCUACUUUCGUACUUUUAACCAAGCGUUAGCCCUAGGGGGAGCGAAAAUUAACAUACUAUCUUUGCUAACGGCGCCCUUGGGCGUGAUUGAACAUACCUAAUUCAUCACUGGAAUUAGUAAGAAUUGUAGCCCGAGGCUUUUUUUUUUUUCAGAUGGCGUUUGUAACGUUAUCCUAGAAAACAUAGGAUAUACUCCGAGACAAGCAAUAGGCCAUUUCCGAGUUCCCCCAGGCCUCUGUUUCAAAACGAGGGUAGGUGCUCAGCCUUUGAUAUGGAAAUCAUUUUUCAUUCUCAUGCAAAAAAACUCAUUUUCACAAGGAAGGUUGUGUACCUAGCCUCAUUUUGAAAGUGAGGGUUUUGGAGCUUCCAAAGUGGCCUAUUCCAAGGCAAGGCUUGAACUUCUGAUUAUUGACCUGUGUUCGUUAUCAAGAGAAAAUGAUGCAUAUAUGCAUUAGUGAAAUUUGGCUUUGUUGCCAGGCACUAAUUUUAAAGGUUAACUGGCGAUUCCAGUAAGUGGGAUAUCUUGAUAAUUCAGCUUAAAUUACCGCUCGUUUAAGCACUUGUUAAGUUGGAUGUUUGCAAUAGAGGUUGAGUGGGGUUCAUUUGGCUCAGAAGUACCGAUGUUCCGCUGUAAGCCUAGGCUUCCGUAAUACGGUUUUAAUGCACUUCUUAACCUCUGCGGCGAAAAAAAUCCGUUGUUUUAAUGCCAAAAUUCCCUGCUAUCUGCCAGGAAUCGGGGGGUCGGGGAGGAGGCAGGGUUUUAAUUGACUGAUACAUAAGCAUUGCUCAUGUAACAGUUUACUUAAUGCACAAGACUGAAAGAUGAUAAUUCAUGUUUUUUGCUCCAAGGUUUGCUGUUGGAAACUAUUCAAUGUAUGUUCAAAAAAGUUUUAAGCGAGAGUACCAUGGAAUGGCUUUUGCUGGAAAAGGAGAAUUGUUUGGAGUUCUCAAAUUUUCGGAAGCCCUUCCUUUAGAUGAUGCAGCUGGUCGACUCCUUGUUAGAAAUGUACAGAGAGCUUGGCUUAAGUUAUCUGGGACUUGUACGAAAAGCGUAUAUGAAGCAUUCGUUCAAGAAGUCACGAGCUGGCGCGUGGUGUUGAGACUGUCCAAGCAGAUGUGCUCAGACCAGCAACUGACCGAUCAAGCGAGGGUUUUUGUUGAUCUCCAGUUUCAACUUAAUAGAAAGUUUCUUUGUGAGUGGCAUUUUGCUAUUGACCGUCUAGGUGCCACCCAUUUGAGCUUACUGUUUCCAGAACAAGUUGCAUCAGAAGCCAACGAGGUAUCGAUUCAGGUUCUUUUGUGUAACUACGUUUAACUUAAUCUGUCGUGUCAUUUCUUUUCACUUGCGCUAUUCCGUAUAAUAUCAGUAAUUUUCUUGGCGAUUCCCACCAUCGGUGUUAGGAUUGAUACUGUUAAUUUCUACGUCUCUGCCUAACUCUCCAUGCAAUGAAGUUCAGUUAAGGUUUUCAUAUUUUAACUUGAGAAGUAUUCGCAGUAUUCAAAUGUAGGCCAUACAAGUAGGCACAAAAAAGGGGAGUCACAGUUGUCCUCAUGAAUCAGCGCGAGGAAUAGGAAAUACUCAAAGUGUCGGAGUAAACGUAUUACACGUACAUUUAUGUAAAUAUUAAUAGUAGUGGUACCAGAUACACAAUGUCUAUUAUGUUUUGCCUCUUACAGGAAACAGUUUUAAAUUACCUGCCUUUGAAUCGCGCUAAUAGUGAGCAAGAAAUGGUCAUCAAACGCAUGGUAUGGCCUGACAAUAACUGUGCUCCUCUUGUGGUGUUUGGUCCUUUUGGGACUGGGAAAACGGUUACUUUACAUCACGCAAUCCGUCAUCUGGUAGCAAGGGGAAACAAACGCAUACUACUCUGUACCCACACGAAUAGUGCGGCGGAUUUGCACGUCAAACUGCUACAUGAUUACUUGACUGAAGAGAACGGCCUGAAAGCAGCAAAACCACUUAGGAUUUAUCAACAAGCGAGAAGGUAUACAGCCGUAUAACCCCCUUUGCUUUGAAAGCCACCCAUACAUGUACUACAGGGGCACUCAGCGACAUUUUUCAGUAAAAUAACUGUUAGAAGGAGCAAAUAUUGCCUAACAUUUCUAGAGCUUGAGAAAAGCUAAAAAUUUCUGGAUAACCGUUCCAUUCGUCUAAAACUAUUCGGAGGUUUUCUAAAAGCUUAACUACGAUUUUCGGUGGUUGUGUUAUUCACAUUUUAAUACCAAGAUAUUGCGAUUAUUGUUUAAAAAAGGUCUCCUAAAACUCUCGGUAUAAAGUCAAAACGUCCCCUACAAUUUCCAAUGAAAGAAGACUACUUCAUGUCCUCGAACAUAGGACCGGACCCAUAAGGGCAACUAACACUUUCGGAUGAGACGUAAAAGCCACCUAAAACUUUCGUAACGACUAAAGUUCCCCUAAGACAUCCGAACAGAUAAAUAGUUUUUAGGGCAACUCCAAAUUAACGAAACAGGCUUCUAAAGCACAGAGAAAACCAUCUGAGACACUUCUGGCGUAUUUGGAAACAUUGGGUCGUUGGUGCCCCUGAUGCUAGAAUUUAUUGUUGAGACAGAGACAGUGACAGGACCAUCAUGUGAUUGGAGGAAAGGCCCAAAAACACUGGAAGUAUAAUGCACAAAAUCAUCGGUUACCGCUAAGCCAAACCAAUUUUGGCGCCAGAAAAACAAAACAAAACAAAGAAAGAAACCAAAAGGGCGGAUGCAAUCGUCUGGGAAAUUCUUCGCUAUUACAGUUUGACCAAAUCGAAUAGUGAGACCAGCAAAGCCAGCUUAUUUAUUUAACUUUUCCGGUCUUAUAAACUUCUCGUCGUUCAUGUUUUAGGUAUUGCUGUAAUAAUAAUAAUCAUAAUCAUAAUCAUAAUAAAACAUUUUUUAAAAGAAAAUUCUCUGCAAAAAUAGAAGGAUUGAUAAUUAACUUCGUCUUAUUAUUAUUAUGAUAUCCCGUUUCAGAUUGGAGGCCGAUUCUGAAAUUGCUAAGAGAUAUGCCUUGAUCGUAAACAACGCCUACGUACUUCCUACAAGAGAGAACGUUAUCGAUCAUCGUGUGGUGAUUACAACUUUAGCCACCUCAAAACACCUUCUCAAGCUGCAGCUAAACCAGGGCUUUUUUACCCACAUCCUCAUAGACGAAGCUGCUCAAGCUUUGGAACCCGAAGCAUUAACACCACUGGCAUUGGCAGGGCCCAAAACGCAGGUUGUUUUGACAGGGGACCAUAUGCAGGUAAAAUGUGAGGUCCGACUAAACAAAGGUGGGCUGUAACUAUUUUGUUACACAGAAUAAUGUACCAAACACAGAGCACUUAUUCCAAAAAUCGUGGUUUAUGCAGGUCGAGUGUAUCUUAAUCUGUCUUACACUGUACCCUAUGUAAUGAAACUAAAAGCUCUUUUAUUUACCACUUAAAUUAUAGCUUGUAUAAAACCGACGUGUCAAGAGCGUCAAGGUCUACGGUAUGUUGCCCAGUAUCCGGACACUUAAAACAAAAACUCAAUUUUUGAGGCGCCCUUCUCAGUUAUCGGUAAACAAAGUAUUUCGAAUGAAAGCUGAACAUUUCAGCUUUAAGAUGAAGGUUUUGGCGAGUUGAAAGCUUGCGAAUCAGUCGCAGAAGACGCCGUUCUGUUCAGGUGAAUAAACAUUUCAUGGCUAAUACUUACGCUGUUUGCUGCGCAGUAAAAUUAGUGCUGCUCAGAAAAGGGCAGGUAAUAUGUGAUAUUUUCAAAGAAACGGUUUUAUAUUCAAAUUGCAGAUACUUAAAGAAGUCUGGUUCUCAGAAAGUUUAUUAAUUCUUCUUGAAAUUCGAUUAGUUUGGAAUAACGGUGCCCAGAAACAUCCACUAAGUAUUGAUGUCAGGUGCACAGUAUCUUUGCUGUACAGAAUCGAUAAAUUAGCUGUCUACAUUAUCCGGAUAAGAUUUAUUUCAUAUCUAUAACUAUAAUUAAUGCUUAGGAUAUAUGAUAUAGUCGUAAAAUGUAAUUCUACUCAACUCGGUACGGAAAUUUUCUUCCCUCAUUCGGAGGCGACUUGAUUUCGAGUGCGCCGCUUCUUUCGCGUGACUGCAUUUUCUAUAUAUAACCGCAAGCCUCGGAGUUGAACCUGGAAUUCUCAUACUUUCCCCAGUUGUGACUGCUAGAAUGGGGUUGCAACGGUCUGAAAAAUGCCACAAAGGGAUUGAGAGAUGUGAAAGAAGGAGGAAUUAGUGCUAGAAAAGCAGGCUUAUUGUAGGGUCUGUAGGGAUUGAACAUGAAGAAAUCAACACUACAGGUCAGACUAAAUAAAAGAGUGAUCUUUGACCGUCGCAUUGAGGUCCCUUCCCCAAGCUUUUUUUGUUAAAUAAAAAAUUAAGAAAAAAAGUCGUUUGCAGAUUGGCUAAUUGAGCUAGCAAACCGUGGCUUCGGCAUGUCCAAGGAUACCUUCCUUAAAUCAGUGAAAAAGUUCCUAGACAAGGAAGUACGAAUUAUACCAUCUAACAGCCGCACGCGUUCCCCACCAUACCCCAGUCAUUUGUUAUGUUUCAUUUCACGAUGCUAGGUUAUAUUUUUGGCAUCGAUUGCUAGACUACUUUGCAAGUGCAAGAGAAGCUUAUAAGUCCUUUGCCUGUCAAAAUUUAUGUACAAUUACGUUGUUAUUGAUGUGUCCGGAUACUGGGCCAGCUGUACGGAUACUGGGCAACAUAGGAGCUCUGCAAAAAUAUUAAUUUCGCGACCGAAACAAAAGCGAAAAAGUUAAACUGUCUUUCGUCAUGUUAAGGACUAAAUAGAUUUUCUCUGGGCUAAAUUUCAGAGCUCUUGCGACUAACAAAGGAAAGUUAUUGCAAUGUUAAACUGAAGUGUCCGGAUACUGGGCAACAUACCGUAGGCCAUGCAGUACUUUAGUGUUGUCAUGCGGUACUUUUAUUAUUGUGACAUGUGUAUAAAUCUGAGUAUAAAACUUUUAUUAUUGUUUUUGGCCACUUUUUAUCACAUCCUGGAUUAAAAUUAUUCCGCUGGCAUUUACUUUAUAAAGGUCCGUCCGAGGUUCCAAAAGGCCGUGACACUUCUUAUUGUGUUUUAGAUGAGGCCAGAGGUCUACUCACAUUUUGCACGUGACUGGGGCUUACAACGAUCGCUUCCGGAGAGGAUUUUUGAUCAUUACUACCAAACGGAAACGGAAAUGAAUUCCAAUGUGAUAUUUCUAACAAAGAAUUACCGUUGUCAUCCAGACAUCCUUAAAUUUCCUUCAGACAACUUCUAUGGGGGUGGGGGAGAACAAGGCAAAGGGCUUAUUGCCUGUAGUACAGAACCAGCACAUCCACGAUUAGGGCCACUAUUGUUCUUUUCUGCCUGUGGAAUGGAGGAAGCACGAGAGAAUUCCUACAUGAAUGAAGUUGAAGCUGCUGAAGUUGUAAAGCGAGUCAAGCAGCUAACUGAAGAUUGGCCUGCCGACUGGGGUAAAAGAGAUCUUUCCAAGAUUGGUGUCAUAGCCGCCUACAUGGCUCAGGUAAAGCUUAAAAUACUGCACGUCGAGUAUCAUUCUUAAAUCUGUUGUAGUUUGGAAUUAUUAGAUACAUGUCAUAAUUAUGUCACCACGAUAAAUUUCGUUUCUCGCUACUUCUGAUAUAUUCUAUGUUUAUUCUUUUGUUCACCUGGCCUUUUUUAUAUAAGUGGUGGAGCGAUGGGGAGGGAAAAAAUGCAAUGAAGUCUUAAAAUCCUAACAUUUUUAUUGUUAUUACGGUGAAUUUCCAACCUUUAAGUAGUUCAGUGUUUUUGUAAAAUUUUGGGAGUCAAAUAUUAAGCACGCAGUUAAUGAUGUCCAAGUGGUCAGCGGUCAGGAGCCAAGAUGGACGGUUAAUUUUGAGCUCCCGCUUCUUACCUUAAUGAGUCGUUUUUCUACUGUCCUUUUGUUACUAGUUUUCACUGAAAUCAAGCCAAAAGAGGUAAUUAUCGUCCGAUAUCAUUACUGUCUAUUUUCAAUCGGAUAUUUGAAUAUCUUUGAAAAAUUAAUGUACCACCGCCUCAAAUCCUUCCUUGGUAAAAACGAUAUUCUAUUUAAGUCACGGUAUAGUUUCCGCGAAAACCAUUCCACGCAACAUGCCAUUAUUGGCAUCGUCAAUGUCAUACAAAACAAUAUGGACCAAAACCUUUUCAGUAGAGGGAUCUUUUUAGACUUAAAAAAGGCCUUUGAUACCGUCGACCAUUUAAUCUUGCUUCAAAAACGUAAUCAUUAUGGCAUCAAUGACUGGUUUGCCUCGUACCUUCUCGGUCGUUCACAAGUAACGGAAGUGGGUUUUAACUUAUCUACCGAAUGUAUGAUCUCAUGUGGUGUCCCACAGGGGUCUUUGCUUGGUCCCCUGUUAUUCUUAAUCUAUAUUAACGAUAUUCACAACUCUUCAGCGAAAUUGUCAUUCUAUCUCUUUGCUGAUGACGCGAACUUGCUGUAUGCUGACACUAAUUUGAAAUAUCUUGUAAAAACCGUAAAUAGCGAACUGCUCAGAGUCUCCGACUGGCUCAAUGCUAAAAAGUCAAACUAUGUUAUCUUUCGUCAAUAUGGAAAGAAACAUGGAAAUGAUUGAUAACUGUACACAAAUUCCUACCACGCUUCAAUGUGAAGACCAUGUUAAAUAUUUUGGCGUCGUAUUGGACAGCAAUUUAAGCUGUAGAUUUCAUAUUAACAAUGUUGCAUCAAAAAUAAGCAGAACUGUUGGUGUUGUUACCCGUCUUAGGCACCUCGUCCCACGUACAACCUUUUACAUAUUUAUCAAUCAUUGAUAUCGCCUUAUCUGACAUAUGGUUUGGCGGCUUGGGGGUAAGCUGCCAAAACCCAUUUGCAAAAAAUUCGCGUGCUUCAAAAACGAGUCCUUCGUUUGAUGUAUUUUGCUGAACCCAGAGUCCAUACUAUGCCUUUGUUUAUUUCCUCAAAAAUUACAAAUGUUAUAUGCUGAAAAAGUAUCUUCUAUAAUGUUUGACGUCUCCUGCAUGAAUGCUUCGUCUAACAUCUGUGAUUUCUUCACUAAAGCUAAUUCAAAGCACAAGCAUGAGACCAGGUUUUCUUCGUCUGGAAAUUAUUAUGCCCAAUUUCAAGACUGAAUCUAAAUCAAGAUUAUUUUUCCAGGUUUGGAGCUAAACUUUGGAACGCAAUUCCUAACGAAUUUCGUCAACUCUCCAAACGAGCUUUUUUAAAAAAUUUCCAUGACUUUUUGGUCUCGAUAAUGGAAGCAGAGGACGGUUAUGUUGAAGUGCCCAUUCUCCUACAAAAAAUGGCAAAUUCUGCAGCCUCGACUCAAUGCAUUGAUAAUUGAUAGGUUCUGUUAGUAGUAAAUUUAUCUUGUAAUAUCUGUAAGACUCUUUAUGUCUCCUCCUCGGUUUACUAGAACACUAACACUAAACCCCCCCUUUACUGCCAACAGUCAAGCUUUGUUUGCUAGAGCGCCUAACUUAGCAAAGGGUAAGAGAUAAUGAGAUCGAGGCUAAGUAAAUUUACUGCGAGUGGCCUUAUCAUAGGAGCUCGUGGUUAUUACCCAAAAGUAAUUUUACUUUUCAUCUUGUGAAUCUCAUGCGAUCGUAAACCAUUGUAAGAUAAUUCAAAGUUGCGGGCGGAGAUGGCAAGAUGAUGAGUUUGAAAAUAAAGUAUAGUGUGUGUGUGUGUGUUUGUUAAUGAUGACAUUAGAAAAAAAUGAUAUCUCGUUCUAUUCACUAUCGAUCGAUCCAAUUAGACAGAUGAUAAAUAGAUAGAUGGAUGGAUGGAUAGAUAGAUAGAUAGAUAGAUAGAUAGAUAGAUAGAUAGAUAGAUAGAUAGAUAGAUAAUAAGAAGCUAAUUAGAAGCUAAUUUAUAUUAGCAUGUAAGAAACGAAUAAUGGAAAACACUAUAUGGAUACACUACAACCAUAAAUCGUGAUUCGUUGCAAAUUACAAUAUAUUGAAAUCGGAUAUAAUAAAAAGAGAUCGAAACCUAUUACGAGAAUAUUUACUCCACAAACGACCACGAUAUCGGCGGAGAAAUAAAGUAGGUGGAAGGAGAACAUUUGAACGGUUGUAGAGCUCGCAGUUUUAUUGCUACUACUAAGAAUGAUUUAUGAAUGAAAGAAUCAUUAUUAUCGAAAAAAAAGCACUCAUAUAUACUCAUAUUGAAAAUAUGAAAUUUGAAAAUAUGGAUUUUAUCGGCAAUACGUUGUGAAUAUAUAAUAAUUAAAGAAAGGGGGAAUUAAAGGAAAGUGAUGUUUACGGGUGUGGUGAUGUACGUCAAUGAGAACGAAACAAACAAAAAUAUAUUUUAACCAGGGAUCAGUAUUGAGCACGUUAAUAAUCACUCAGACAAAAAAAAAACUGAUAUAGGAAGUUGCCCCGGUGAAGUUAUGGGAAAUUCUUGCAAUUUGCGAAUCUCCGUCUCUUUGAAUAACCAAAGUCAAUAUGGGGACCUGUCCAUUCCCACCCCAGGCUCAACGAGGCUUAAUAAACUGUUACUCCUAUUUAAAAAAAAAUCCUUCCUUUUUUAGGUACGAGCGAUUCGAACACUACUCAGAAAAGAAAACCAAGAGCUGGCGAAUGUCACAGUGGAGAGCAUUUACAAUGUGCAAGGUAUGACAAUUAGUAAUAGUUGACACUACAGCUGCCCCCGUUCUGUAUAUUGUCGGUCUAUAGUAUUCUUACUCGUUGUGUAGUUCUUUGAAAUGUUUCGAUUCAUAGUGAAGAUUUUCAAACAUAUUCCAUACAACAGGUGAGAUAAAUGCAGGAAACGCAAGGUUCCAUGCACAGCUUCAGCUCGAUUUACACAGCUUUGAUCAAAACAUUCUCAGUUUCGAGAAUAGUUUAUUCUAAACCAUAAGAAAAUAUUUCAUUAGAAGUUGAACUUUUCGCUAUUUCUCUUUCACUUUUUACAUUCAGUUCAUUUUUAUUUGCCGGAAAGUAAGCCUUAGAAAUUAAAAGGACGUUUGAUCGAUUCACGCUCGCGCAUUGUAGUCUUACUUGAAACUUUAUAACGGAAUGACAUCCAUGAGCAGAGAAUUUGAUUGUCGGCGAAUUUGUAUAAUCGUCCAUCGAUCUGCUAGUCAUAAGCUAGCCGUUGUUCACUCGUCUUGCUUGUUUGGGGCUGAGUCUUAUUCCGGUCAAAGAGAGAGAAAGAGUGUCUGGCAAGGUUUCCAAUAUAAAUCAAAGAUUUGUGAACUCGUGUCUGGCAAACUUUCCAAGUGUUUGUAUAUACACAGUUAAACGCACCAACGAGUGUGUUUUGGUCCACCUUUCAAAACAAGUGCUCCAUAGAAUGUCACUGCGUAACGCAAAAGAGUAUCGAAGUAUGACUGCACAAGAAAUGUCACAAAAUCUACCUGAGCGGUCCCUUCGGGAUUUUCUGUCUUUACGUCAUCCUAACCAUUUCGUACUUGCGGGAGCAAACAAUAAAAAGGUCAUCGUUACCUACCGAUUCCUCGCGGCCCCCGUUCAAGCAAAUCGAGAUUUUUUCUAUAUUGACUGUAUGACUGUAUAUUUCAUCUGUAAGUACUUUCUAUAAUAUACGCGCGAGUUACUAGAGUGCCUUCCUCGUGAUUUCGCCUUCUGGGCGAAAUCCUGCGGGGGCAAUAAAAGCUUAAUGGUUCCUUGGCAAUUUCUUUACAAUUCCUUUACACAGGAAACCGUUAUUGAGGCCUUACAUAUUAAUUUUUACAGUACUUGGUCAUGGAAACAUUUCAAAUUUAUCCCUGUAAAGCUCUCAUAUGCUGGGCCCAUUUUGAUACUUAUAGCUUCCCUGACUUUAAUUCUUUGCCUUCGUUGACAUAUUACAACCGAAAGUCACUGGUUUCCUGGGCGACCUUCUGUAAAUCAGUUUAAAGGGAAAAACUACAAUUUACAAUUAACAAGCUACUUUGUUAACAUUUAAUAGAGGACGAUUAACAUUUAAGUGACAACCUCAUUUUGACUCUGGAGAUGUCUACCGCGGACGUUGUCCAAUCAUCAGUCACUCGUCAACAACAGUCCUACUCAGGACUUUACUUCUCUGGACAACUUCUUUAAAUUUGUUGGCCACAUAGUUUGAAGGUUCCCCAAAUCACCUGAAACAAAGAACCACCGGUUAAAUCCAUUGUUGUGAACCUACAUGUACAGUCUGCUUACUAUUCCGUUUAUUCUAAACGUAUUUCAGUUUCUGUCGACUCUGUAUGCUUACAAUAAUAAUAAUAAGAAGAAGAAGAAGAAGAAGAAGAAUACACUGAUAGCAAUAAUAAUAAUAAUAAUAAUAACAAUAAUAAUAAUAAUUUCUAUGCUUACUGUUACAGGCAAAGAAUUUCGUGCCGUCUUCAUCAGUACCGUGCGCACAUUCCUCACCUGCAAAAACGUUCAUGGUCGUGGAGGAUUUGUUGCUGACCAACAAUCUCAUUUGGAAUUCCUGUCAGACUCCACACUUUUGAACACAGCUAUAACUAGAGCAAAGUCGUUGGUAGCUGUCGUUGGUGAGCCAGUUUCCUUAUGUACUGUUGGUGAAUGCCAAGGAAACUGGAGAGACUACAUAACGAGGUGCCAUGAUCGUAAAGCUUUCUAUGGGACAGCUGAACAGAAAAAACUUAUAAGUGCCUCUCUCUCAAGAAUUCAUUUAAAUCCUGCAGCUCACGACUUUAUUCCAAAAUCAACAACAAAUAUAUAUGAGCAAGACAAAGAAAGAGGAAACGCUUUAAACUUCGAAUUAGAGGCACACAGAGAAAGCCAGGAUAACUGUCAAUUCCCAGCGCAAAACAAAGAAAAGCACCCACCAAAUACCCAAAUGGCUGAUGAAAACGUCAUUGAUGGAACAUCAACAUCAGAUGAGGACAAACAAGAGGAACCGAAUGGAAAAGUCUCAGAUUCCUCCAAUAAUGAGACAAGCUCACAAGAUGUAAAAACAAAUGAAUUCAGCAGCACGUCCCAGUCAACUGAAAUCGAAGAAGUCGAAGAAGAAAACGAAAUUCUAGAUAAAUUCCGUCGAGAAAUUCUCAAAGAUGAAACUGGUUUUCCAAAAUUUGUGGACAACAUAAUCAGGGUGCUUCUGGAGAAGUGUAAGGAGAAAAGAGAAGAGGAUGCAUGCCAUCAAGGAUCAUCACACUUUUUUCGCUCAUCGAAGGCAGUGAAAACUUCGCAAACAAGGUUUAAAACAGAGAGUCAUUCAAAAAACCCAACAAAAGAAUUUUCAAGUUUCAGCGAUCCGUCCAUGGGAGAUUACACAAUCCGCACUAUUAAUGGUCGGGAAGAAUUCCAGCUGCUUGAUCUUGGAUUUACUAGAGCACCAUCCUCUUGUGAAAAACCGGUUACGAAUUCCUCGUUGCAACCUAAUUUUCUUAAGCCGGAGAAGUUACGUAGUGUUUUGCUUGAAAACCCAGAGAAGUAUCUUCCUUGCACCCUUCGCCUCAACGCUGAAAGUAUCAGCUCAGCAUACGCGAUGGUUUGGGACACGAAAACACCUGAUAUUAAGAUCAAGGGACCAAUCCGAGGAGUGUUUGAUAUGGAUCGUGUUGUAGUUGAAAAGAAAAAAUACCAGCCUUUGGAAACUGGUGACGUUCUUCAGUUUCAGGGAAAAAUUGUUGGUAAGUUUGCGGCAGGAUUGGCUCAGUCGGUAAAGCGCUUGACUUCAGAGCGGGAGGUCGCGGAUUCGAUCCCGGGACCGGGACCAACACUCAGGGUCUUAAAAUGACUGAGAAAUGAAGGUACUGCCUUUGCCCUACAAAUGGCUAGACCUCCGCGUGGCUCGGAUGACCACGUAAAAUGGCGGUCCCGUCUCCAGUAGGAGACGAAAAAAUAGUGUCACCAAUUAGUGCUUUCGUGCUUAAUACAUUGACACUCAAAUAAAGUGCUUAAAGUGCUUAAAAGUUUCGUUUGUUAGCUUUUCUGUAAACGCAAAACCCAGUCCUUAGGUCGUAUUAAACUUUUAACAGACAGCUAAUUGACUCCCUGGUAGACAAAAAAUAAAUGCAGUAUUUGAAAGAGAAUAUUAGGCAACUUCUUGGUUGGAUACCUAACGUAAACCACAAAACCUAAGCCUAUGUUUAUUGUUACUAUAUUUACAAUUACUUGAAUGCAUGGUGACUGCACUGGUAGCAGUGGCAAUGUACAAACCAUGAGACUAUCUACCUCCACUUCUUUUACCCUUUUUAUCUCUUAGAAACCAAUACAGUUGACAAAAUCAGAUAUUUUACUUUCUUUAGGUGUGCUGAAUCAUAUUAUUAGCCCUCAUGAACGCCAGUACGUUUGCAGGGUAGAUUAUGAAAACCCUCAAUUGCUGCGUCCGAUAAACAAGUCGCUGCCAAGAAUAGUCUCCCUCGCUGGAGAAAAUGAUUGUAUGCCUAUCUGUAAAGAAAUUCGUGAUGGCGAUGAAACGAAAGUGAAAGUCGACGAGAUUGAUCUCACGGAAUUUCGAAGUGGAAAGUUCCUUUUCCUCGUCCAGUACUUGCAGUGGAGGUCGGACUGCCGUUACCCAAUAGGUAUAAUUCUCAGAAAGUUGUCGCAAGAGAAGACAAUGGUUGCCAGUUUGAAGAUUUUGUUUGCUGAGCAUGGGAUUAGGAAAUCAUUUGACGUUGACAGCAUCAGCCAUGUACAAAAUGAGUUUCCACCUUCAUGGUCGAUACCUCCUGAAGAGUACAGAACACGCAAGAGAAUUGAUGAGGCCUUCACGGUUGAUCCCGAAGACUCGAAAGAUCUCGAUGACGCUCUUACCAUGGAACAGCUCUCCGAUGGGAUCUAUCUAAUAGGAGUACAUAUCGCUGACGUGGCUUACUUUGUUAAAGAAGGGUCCCCUUUGGACAAAGAAGCUUUUUUUCGCUGUACCUCGUAUUAUCCAGGUAAUGGCAAGGAAAGCAUACCUAUGCUGCCUCGUAAGCUUAGUGAAAGUUUAUGCAGUCUUCUUCAAGGUGAAGACCGUUUGUCCUUGUCACUGUUCUUUCAGUUAACAAAACAAGGGGAACUUGUUUGUCCUCCAAAGAUCGAGCGCACUAUUGUCAAGUCUUGCUGUAGGCUCUCUUACUCGAGUGCCCAAAGUAUAAUUGAUGGUGAACAGUAUGUUCCACAGGAGGUGUCAGAGGACAUCAAAAAUAAGAUCCAAUGCCUCAGUUUCCUUGCACAAAGAAGGAGAGUAGCACGGAUGAAGGAUGGUGCCUUUGAUCAUUGGUCCAACAGUGACCAUGAUUCUAAAGAUUUUAAGGCCCACGAAAUGGUGGAAGAGAUGAUGCUUCUUGCAAAUGAAGAAGUAGCAAAACUCCUUGCUGAUGUUGCUCCGAUACGAGCCCAGUUGCCACCCAAAGAUCACAGGCUGAACGAAUGGGUUUCACUAUACGGAGAGUUCAUCAAAUACUCAUUGUUCCUUCGUGGUUUCUAUCCAAAAGAAACUCUUGAAAAAAUGUCGUCCAAAGAUGAGAAGCGUUCAAAUUCCACAGAAUUUAAAGUGCAACAGUCUAUAUGGUCUCAAAUUUGUGAUGCUGCAAUCUCAAAAGACCAAGACAAUCUGCAAUUUUUGAUUUGCAACGAGAGUCAUCAUCCACAAAUGGCUGUCGCCAACUCACAGUUUCAACGAAUUCAGCCGAAAUCUCAAUACGUCUGCAACGGAGAUGGGUAUAAAAACAUUUCCCACUUCUCGCUGGGGAUGCCAUGUUAUACUCAUUUUACAUCACCUAUACGGCGUUAUGUUGAUAUCCAAGUUCAUCGACUGGUUUUAGAUCUUAUCUCCCAAAGUCGCAACACAAACAAGCCUUCAAGGGAACAAGUCGCCAAAGUGUGCCGCCGCUCUACCUUUGCGCACGACAACUCCAGAAAGUUUGAGAAGGGAUGUAGCAAGAUUCAUCUAUCGGCGAAGCUCAAGGAAAAAAGUCAUGAAACCAAGGCAGUGAUUGCUAUGAUGGACAAUCAAGCCUUCUCUUUGGAAAUUCUGGACAAGGAAGAUAAUUACCUCUCGACGAGGCAGAGAAAAAUAAAUCUGAGUAAACUUAACCCACUCUCAGUUAGCUUUGAUCAGGAUGGGCCUCGUAUAACGUUAACAUGGCUGUUGAGAAUUUACAUAGCCCCAACUACUGACAUACGUUUGGAGCCUUUAGAUGAAAGACAGGAAGUAGAAAAACUUUUGUGUCACGCAGAGGACGAAAAAGAGGAAGUUUUGAGCCUUCCAGGAAAUAACUGGCAGAAGAUUCAGGGGGCGCUCAGAGAAGAAGACUAUGAGACACUCAGAGCCGUUGUAGAUAAGACUGACAAAUAUUUGAAGUCAGCUAAACGACAGGCUGGAUUCGAAAGCACAAGAAGGCACCCGAAGGAAGCGAAGAGGAAGGAAGAGUGUUACAAUGAUGAAACUAAAAGCGGGCACUUCUACGAGAAAAUCAUGCAUCUUAGAAGGUUCGAUGUUGUAAAACUCCAGCUCACUGCAAGCACAAUACAAGGAACUCUUCAUCCAAGGGUUCAGCUCUUCAAAAUCAACCCCAGAGUGCAUAUUUGUCUUGAACACCGGAAAUACCCAAGGGAAUGUUUCGCUUCAACAACUAGGUAUCAAGCAUCCAAGCAAGGGUACUCUAGUCUGGACGACUACAUCAGAGCGUGGAAGCCUGUACUUGCAAUGGAGGCCGCCACUGGUGCUGUCGGCGAAGGCGACGAAUUCACCAUACACUAUCUAAAUGUAAACUGGAAAAAGACGUACAGUGGGAAAGUAGAGGGCUCUUUUUCCAUUCCGCAGGAAUACUGCACCAAACAUCAGAUUGAAUUCUUUGGUGGCGAUUUUGCUUGCGUCCGCGUAAGACAAGGCGACAUUAAGUUGGGAAACCAUCUAGGAGAUUGGCGUGCAGACCCAAAGGUACAAAAUAUUUCUUGUUAAUUGCUACCAAUGGUCGACACAGCAGUAAAAAUGUAGAAAUUUUCAAAAAUAAUGCGAUUUUUUUUAAUUUUAACAAACAUAUUUCGACGGUACACCCGACAUCGUCAGUGACCGUUUACAGCGAUAAAACGUGCCUGUUACAAUUUAUAUGUUACACUGCGUUGGAAAACAAUACGCUACAUAAAUUUCAGUUAAAGGUAACGGAAUUAAUAGAUGCGCGUGCACGCAUCUAUCGAGAAAGCGUAAGAUUGAUAUGUUUGACUUUUUGUUUAAGGCCAGGCUUUACCCACUUAAUGUACCUCAAGGGGCAGAGUCUUGAUCCCGUGGAAGUUACAAGAGAUACGACAAGACUCUGAAGCCUGUAAAUGCUUAUAAGACAUGAGAAGAUCUGUCCUUUGACGAGUGCUCGUGCACCCGAGUGGAAAAGAGGCGCCUUUGCCAGCGUAAUAUGAAAAAGCUUAAAAAAUUAGUACGCAAACCCGUGAAGGUCUUCUUGCAGUAUACGGUGGAGAGAGGGAGGUGUGGUGAUUUGUUGUUUAACAGCACAUCAAGAAAAGGUAAGAUGUGGGUGUGCAACUUUCAUGAGGAUGACGGGUAUACCACUGAAACAUGUUUGUUAAAAUUAAAAAUGUCACAUUAUUUCUGAAAAUUCCUUGUUAAUUCAAUUUGCACGCGAUCGAUAAACCUAGAAGUAAACCUGCAAAAUUGAUAAUUGAAAAAUGAAGACCCGAAUGUUGUUCUUUAUUUAAAUGGUUAAUGGUACUUUAUCUAAGACUGUAAAAGUACUUUAUCAAGUUGUUAUUUUUUCCCUUUGCAUGUAAUUGUCAAGCAGUUGGAAAUGAGUUUGUCAAAGGGAAGAAAAUGCUCUCGUGGUAAAUCGUGUGACGACUCGGACAGCUUCUGGGUGGGACACUGCAUCGUCAAACGCGUAGAGGAGUUAAAGGAUUUGAACAGCUUGGAAAUUACAAUGGUCCUCCAUCAAUCAUCCUCAAACUUUCCAGAAGGUUUGGAAACUAAAGAUCAUCCGAAUGUUUUGACUCUUAUUCACAGAUCACUCAUGCACAGGUAAAAAGUCUCUGUUUUCAUGUUAGUAGGCUGAUUUAGCAACACGACGCGAAAGCCAGUCAACGACGGAAAAGCGCGCUGAAAGGACUAAACACGACUUCCGGCGCUCAAUUUGCCGCUCUGGGAUUGGUCAAGCCAGUUGUUUGAUUUGCACGCGCCGUCGUCAAGUGACGUUCCGUUCUGUUGCUAAAUCAGCGUAAUGAUGGAGCAAGUAGUAGUUGUAGUGGGAAUAGAGGUUGGUGAAGCUGCCGAAGUAAUAGUGUAAUAGCUAUUUUAGAAUAAGAUAUUUUAUGACAAGUUGUUUGACGCAAAAAGAGAAGUUGUGUUUCAAUAAUCUGUGGUAUUAAUUAAUACGUGAUGUGUAAACUGAAAAGGAUGCACCUUCAUGAUACCUUUAUUGACGUCAAAUAUUCAUCAUUUUUAUAGACGGAUGUUCUCAGCUCUCUGUGAUUGCCUAGAAAAUGCAUCCCCGUUAGUUCACGCCAUUUGUUUGGGACUUGAUCCAGUCCAAGGUAUGAGUAAGAAUAAUCAGCUUAGUUGCAUAUCCCCUCUUGAAUCUAAUAAAACGAUGAAGUAAAUUUACAUGACUGUAUUGUGCCGUUUUCAAAUCAAAUCAAUCAAAUUUACAUUCGUUAGAGCGACGACUUACAUAUAAACGUCCGCACGAUGUAGAUUUAGGCAGUCCAAGGGAUUUCCAGAACAGGUUCAUUUUCAGAUAUCCGUUAACUACUGCUAAUAAAGCCCUGGGCUAAUACAGGUUCGCAAGGUUUUUUGGAUAGGCUUUCGGUAAUUCGCUGUUUACAUCGUUCGAUAGUUUGAUUCCCUUUUCAUUGGCAUAAUUCAGCGGGCUAAAAUACAUUUUAGCCCACCAAGUUCUCCAUGCCAAUUUUCCCUUUUAGACAGCACUAUACACCUCAAUUCCCGACGAAGUGACAAAACGUUUUGGUAGCGAGACGAAAAUUAGAGUGUGUUGUCUUUUACCCAAUCACCGCAACAUCCUGAAUUUAGAUGCUUGACGCAGGUAAAUUAAUGCAUCUGAGGCAGGCCCCUAUUCUCACUCUUUCUCUCCUCCAACGGCGUUUCGCCCUCUCUGAUAUACUGUCCAAUAACCCCUUAAAGGGACACAGCUGAAGCACAUGCGCAUUAGAUACCAUUUCUUAGCUGAUUUGCAUGUCAUAAGACAAGCGCGUGAAACAGAAAGUGAGAAGCGGAUCCGGAAUACUCAAAACAAACCCUGAAGAGUUGAACUAGUUACAAGCUGAAAUCGUGAUUAUAGCCCCUAGGCCAUAUCAGAGCACUCAUUGUGUAUAUACCGUUGGGAAUUCAUCGAUGGAUUUUCCCAGGGAAAGCCGAACAUCGACAAAUACUUCUGAAUUCGAUCAUCAGUAGAGGUGAUAAAUGAAACGGAGUCUGCAUGAAUCAAUGUCGAAGGUUUAAGGUCGAGAAAGUUUGAUUUUCCAAACACAUGUAACCUUUUCCAUCGAUUUUCCAAAUAUAUAUAACGGUUAUUUGCUCGCCAAUCUUAUUGAUUCAUUUCUUUUGUUAUUUUGAUAAACGAAGGCGAUUUCUCCCGCCCGGCGCCUACGCGUUUCUGACUUCUUCUGUUCAUGUUUCUUUGGAUACUGUUCUCAACCAAAUAUGAUAAAAUCAUGUCAUAGGAUGGGUUAAAGUUUGCUCAAAAAGAGGUUUUCUGUAAAAGAUUGAGGAUCAAAUGAAACACAAGGCAAGAUUGAAGCGGAUUUCUUGAUGUGUCCGACGAGUAAAUUUGAUUUCGGGUUGACGUAAACGCUUUAAGGAAGGCCUGAUAUUAAGAUUACAUCACACUCUUUUAUUGUGCUGUAAUUGAAUUUGCAUUUGUUACAAUGGAACUUCGUUGUGACGAACCUCUACAUAACGAAGACCGUAGUACAACUAACUUUGCCCCAGAUGAAAACGAUUCUCGAUAUUGCGAAAAUACCAAUAAAAUACCUUGGCCCCUCGUUAAAUCGAGGCUCCUGUGUGGACCAUUGUGGUAAGAUUACAGUCAAGUCAGUAUUUCGAUAAUUAUGUGCUCACUGGUUUGUUUGUACGUCAAAUAUGCUUAUUAAAUAAAAUCCAACGUUGAAUUGUAUUUCAUUAGCAGAGUUUGCAGACGUUCCUUCUUCUGAUCAUUCAGUUGUCAGGGAACAUCCCAUUUGUGGACUUAGCAAGCCUUUAAACCAGUACCAGGAAGCCGCAGUGAGAGAAGCCCUUGUUAAACCUCUUACCCUUAUUCAGGGUCCUCCAGGUGACUAAUAGAACUCUGCUGUAUCAUUGUUUGUGAAAAACUGUCAGCAGAGAAUGCUACGUGCUGUGAUUUGUACCUUGCCCACGAUCUAUUAGAUUCCAGACACUCGCACAAAGUCUCGGAAAAUUUGUAUAUUUUUGGUUUGUUUAUUUGUCCAAAAUGAUUCGCAGUUUUGGAAUUAAAGUCUGCGAGAUCUAUUAGGAUCAAGAAUUUGAAGGCCUCGAAAAAAAUUUAGCAGGAGUAGUUUACAACUACGAAAAACGGGAAAAUCGAGACAAAUGCUCAAACUGGAAGAAAUCUAGUUUAGGGCGAAAGUUAACCUUAACUUAAAUCAAUUAAAGCAAAAAGUUUGUCUACGUUCUUAAAACCCUUUAAAAAAGAACAUUAUUCACAACCUGAAAUAGAUCACUUGUUCACUUACCUAGUUUUGCCAAAUUUCAUCUAGGUUAUACCCGUUUACGGGGCGUCUGAAUCUGACCUUAAUGUUAUCCAGAACUAGAUGCCAUAAGCGCCGUUUUAUUCUUACACUGUUUCCAUUUUGAAAGGACUUCGAUUGAUAAUCACCAACCUGCUUCAUCUUUCCUAAAAAAAGACUUCUUACGAUCUCGGUAGAAGACAACGUACCCGUCCUAAAACUAGUAUUAUAUUGAGCGUUUCAUGUCUACCUUUGUCAACAGAUUGAUAUUUAAAUGGCAUAGCCUUUUUAGUAAAGGACAGGAGAAAUUUUGUUGACUGGCCUAUUUAUUUCAUAAUGUAUAUUCUUGAGAUUCUGUAACCUAACAUACAGUCGCUGUAUGUACCUUUCUCUAAUGUGAAAUAAAGACUUUUGCUAUUCUAAACUGACACAAAUCCUCGAACAGUCAAGCAGUGCGAGGCAAGGUUGUUGACACAAACGCCCCCUUCGGCUCGUGUGCCCCUUCUUGAGCUGAAAAGUAUAGAAGCAUUAGGGAGUUCAGCCAGUACAGUGUCGACUGCAACGUUUUCCCAACAAUGACCUUCGUAAAGAUUUUUAAUAUUUUUUGGGCUGUAUUCUAAAUUACUAGCGAAUCUUCUUUCUCAUCCGCUGGAUCUCUGGUUGGUCAUUGCGCGUUAAUCGAUAUUUCAGAGUUUGCAAAACAUGUUUUAGGUAGUCCAUAGUCUGUUGGGUUUCAACUGCUGACGGACGGAAAACGCAGCCAACACCUCAUACAAACUAUUCGGACAACAGCAACAUUCUCCUGAGGAGUUUUCAUUUUCAUAGCCUAUCUGUUACAUUCUAUAAUCAAAUGUUUAAUCCACUAUCUGCGUUCUUUAAAAUACUGCCAAUCCGUGCAACAAUGUUUGCAUAAAUUUUUCGUCUUUUUAAAGGUACUGGUAAGACUGUAACUGGUGUCCACAUCGCAAACUUGUUUACCAAACUCAAUAUGCAGCUUCUAUCUCAAGAGACCAGCUCGUACAACACUGACACGGAACCUCCUAAAGCACCACCACAAGUUAUUUAUUGCGGACCAUCAAACAAAUCAGUGGACGUCGUAGCUUGUAAGUGCCCCAUAAGUGUCAUGGGACUGACAAUCUGCAAAACCUCUCGGCAACAAAAUAAGACCCUGCGGCGUUUUGAAAAUGAAAGCCAAAGGCAGACCAAGCACCAAAACACAAGUAUUUCAAAACACUUUUCAUUAUAAGGCUCGAACUGAAGAAAGCGUUAUUCUGUUUGACUUGUGUGGAUGAAGAAAAACUGAUGACAGAUAUAGAUACAGAUAAGUUGGCUCUUAUAUCUGACUGUCCUUUUCUCAUAUGUGUUUCCUAUGUUCUUUCCUAUGAAAUGAUAUCUCAAUGAAACCCAAAGCAAUAAGGAAUGAAAGGACAGUUAAAAAUUUUUCUGAGACUGUUAAAGGUACACGCUCUAUGCGUCCGGGCAUGGGUAUUUAUAAACUAAACAUUCUUGGAUGGAGACGUCUAAAUAGAGUGACAAUUUCUUCCAGAUCAACAGGUAAAUCGUACUUGAUAUGCAUUAGAGCAAGGGAGGAGAGCCUACUCUCACCCAUAGUACACGUCGCUAUAAUUCAACGUGCACCAACUCAAUAGUUCAUGUCUAUAUAGGUUCGAACUUUGACAGUGUACCCAGUCUUAUUAGCAGUGCUUAUUAGGAAUCUAAGCUACGACUGUAAUAAAGUUAGCAGUUUUCUGAAUUUUUUUAGGGUUUUCUGUUACCUCAACAUUUACGUCCCAAAGGGGGUUCGUCCGAACCUCUCAAAGCCCCUUCUACGCGCCUACCCUACGGUACAACCACGUCAAGUCACAAACAUAACGCAUAGCUAGGAAAACAACAUACAGGUACUAGUGGAAACACCAAAGUUAACGGGAAAGUGAUCAGCCACGGCAGAAUUGUGAUGUUUUCUUGAUUUGUGAAGGUGUUUCAUUUAAGAUGGAGUGACUGAUAACUUCGAUUUCUUCUAUAGUGGUAAACACCACCGUCCAUACCUUCGUUGUUUUACCCUAUUUUUUUACUGUCCCGACUCAGGUUGAUGUUUUUCUUUAGUUUCUGUUUUGUUUUUUUUUUGGCUCUGAGUUGGUGUGUGUUUCCAUCAGAUUUCUUUGUGCCACCACAUUUAAGACUAUAGUAAACCAAGGCACGUGAUACCUCGGAAGGUUAAUUUUUUUUAGUUUUUCGUGGUCUGGUUGGAAAGUUGCUGUCGUGAUCUCUAGAGGACUCUGUCAGUGGCUUACUUAGACAAAGCUUAGUUGAAAACAUAAUUGAAACUAAAUGUGUUUAUUUGACCUGAAUCCUUAAGGUAAAAUGCUUGAGAUUCCAGAGCUGAAGAUUAUCCGUGUGUACGGAGAUCGAAGAGAAGAGGCAGAGUUCCCUACUCCAAACAGACUUAAGCCCCUGAAACAUUCAACAGAUGAUGAGGAUCAGACAAAAACAUUAAAUCAAGAGCUCAGAAAAGUUUCUCUACAUCACGUCAUUCGAGGAGACACGUGUCCAUUUGCCUCGGAAAUUCGAGCAUAUGACCUCAAAUUUGUAGCCGACAGGAAAGGUGGUGUCAGAUCCAGCGACACUGAAGUGACGAAAUACAGCGAGGUACUAUCUUGAUAAAUAUCAUGCCAGUCGUUUUAACAAUGUGUGAUCGUGCAGGAGCUAUCUCCUCCUACUUUUUGGAAAAGUUUUACAUUUAAUGUGUUUAAAGAGUUUUCAUGAAAAAGAUCAAUUAUACCUACCAAUAAAACAUCUUUGCUCUGUAUUUUUCUAUAAGAAAGGAACCCAAGGGGGUAUAUUUUUUAUUCAGGCCCAAAGAGUUCCAAAAUCUUCCUUAAAGGAAAGUAGCGUUCCUCCUGUAGGCGGUCAUGUAAAGAGAACACAUUCACUAAACCACAGACACACAAAUCUUCCUUACAACCUCGGACCCAUCCUCCAUGACCCUUGUUCCCCACGAAAAGAAACACUCAGAACAUUCUAAUAUACUCGUUUUCUAAUACAUGCAUGUUUUAUCAUUACACUGAUCAGCUGAUAGGCAAAGCCAAGGAGUGGGUCCUUACAUCAUCGGGAGUCCAAGUGAUCUUGUGCACAUGUGCAGUUGCUGGCAGUCCUAGAAUAGUUUCGUGUUGUAAUAAUAUCCGGCAAUGUAUUGUAGAUGAAUGCGGCAUGUGCUUGGAGCUUGAGUCGCUCGUGCCAAUCAGGUUCUCAAAGGCUCGUCAAGUGGUUCUGAUCGGUGAUCAUAAGCAGCUACAGCCAGUAAUUCUGGACGAUAUGGCAAAGAAACUUGGUUUAAACGUCUCUAUGUUUGAGCGACUUUCGACACGAUCCAUAAUGCUGGAAUUGCAGUACAGGAUGGUGAGAAAACUAUGCGUUAUGCCCCACCACCAGUGGUAUCCAGUAGGAUAGACCGGCUUUUGAUUUGGAAUUGCUUUAUGUCGGUUCCCUAGGUUCAAUUUAAUGGUGUCUAUUCUUGCCAGUUAAUUAGAGGACGGAUAGAGAAUAAUAAAAGUUAGAAUCCAGUUUACGAAAUGCGCUGUCGUUUAAAGUACGUUGGUAAAGAGCCAACACUCGAAACACCGGCUUUGCCUCGAGUCUCAGUAGAUGCGAUAGUGGCACCUAUAGUUAGCCAACUCUCAAAACAUCCUUUCGUUUUUGCUUUUGACUUUUAGCAUGAAAAUAUCUGUAGAUUUCCGUCAGAGUAUUUCUAUGAGGGGAAGUUGAAAACCGAUCAAACUGUGCCAAAUGAUGAUCCUCUUCUACAGUCCUUUUGGCCUGCUCAAAGGCUGCAACCAGCUAAAAACCUUCCUAUAGCAUUUUGUCACGUCGAGGGAGAGGAGAAUGCAAGUGCUAUCAAGACAUCUCACAGCAACGAACAGUCGAAAGCAAACAUGAAAGAAGUCAGGAAAGUGGUAGGUGUGAUGUGUGAUGGUAUUCAAAUUAGCACACUAAAAUUAUGUGCCAUGAUACUUGUAAAUGGCAGAUAUAUGUGCAUGUGGAAUGUCUUAGCAUCAACGCCAAUGCUACUAGGUUCUCCUUAAAAUAUGUGACAAUGUUCACAUUUUGCAUUAAAACUGAAACACUUAACAAUACUUCGAUACGCUGAAAUUAUAAUCGAAGUCAGAAUGAAUGACUUUUUCACAGGUUGUUCAAUUUGACUACAACAUUUGCAUUCAUUCAUUCAUUUGCAUUCAGGGAAGAACAUAUCGAUUAUGACUUGUAUCAUUGACUUUUCUGUGACAAUGAACCUUAAAUAUGAGCGAGGACAGCAUUAAGAUAUGAUAUUACAGUGGCAGUUUCGUUUGUUUCGUUCAAAAUUAUCAGAACGUUGUAUGAUUUUGAUUUAAAUGAAGCUAUUGACGUUUAUGAUUAUUUUUAUCACAUUGGCUAAAAGUUUCAGAUCCUAAAAUCGCGAAAAUUAAGUGACUUGCGUCCCAAAAUUUACGAAAAAUCGCAAAAUUGGAGUGCUGCUAAAUAAGGGUUUUUCAAAAUCGCUAAAUUAAUGUGUCGGCAAACUUUCUUGUAUAAUAAGGUUUUUUUAACGGCUAAAACGUUGAGUUUUCCACUGGUUGAUAAUGAAAUAAAGGCUAGUAUAUGAAAAAAAGGUGGGAAUUCCAAUGAGUUGGUGUUAAUUUCAGUGGAAGCUGCCGAAUGAAAUAGGCUACUCACUGUAUCGGUCGGAACUCCAGUGUCUUUAUCCUGAAUUAAACAAAAAGGUGAAGGCUUUGUUUGAUUCAUUUUAAUUGAUUUUUAUUUUUCAGAUCGACGUCGUCAGAUGCUUGGUGAAAAAAGGGGUGCAUCCAACAAAUAUUGCGAUCUUAUCACCUUAUAGAGAACAGAGACAAAGAAUCAGUGACACCUUGCCGAAAACGGACAAAUACAAAAAUGUUUUAGUAACAACAAUCACCAAAAGCCAAGGUAAUUUAAAACUAGUCGUUUUUCUUCCCUUUGUAAAUGUAUCAUUCUAGGACUACCUUGACUACUAAAACACAAUGUAUGAAGUGCUCAAACGUCCAAGGAUGUGAACUGUUUCGAUAUAUCAACAACAACAACAACAACAUGAUCUUUAUUUGCAUGACUAUAGUUAUAGACUGUAGUUACAGUAUUGCAAAAGCCUUAACAUAAAGUUACAAUUUAAAACAAUCAUAAUGCAAUGCAAUGAUUACGACAGUCAAUCAAGUGUCAUCAGCAUGAUUUGAUAACAAAUUAGUACGUAAGUCAUUACAUAAUGAGACAAAUUUCAACAAAUGUGAAUUUAUGGAAAAAUUCUGUGAAUUCAUCAAUUUAAUUAUUAAUUCUGUGUAAGAUAGCUGAUUAACGUCGACAAAAUUUUGUUGGAUUUGAUUGUAGAAUUUCUUCCUUGGAAUUGAAUAUUUUGGACAAUGGAAGAGAAAAUAAAAUUCGCCUUCAAUUAUACCAGAGUUACAAAUAGGGCAGAAUCUAUCGUUGCGGGAAGUUUGAUUAUAUCUUCCAGUUUCAAUCAUGAGUUUGUGGUUACUUAUACGAAUUUUCACUAAGCCUUUCCUAUUGGUUGAAUUUCUAAUUACGUCUAGAUAACUUGAAAAUUUAUAAUCAUGUUUUAAUAAGCUGUAAAAUUGUAGUUUCUUAGAAUGAUGGAUUGUAUGUUGCCAAUAUGGAAUGUAUUUUUGGUUUAUUAUAUCAAUAAACCAAACAUAUAAACAUCAUCUUGCACGCAUCAUUGUCAGCAACUUAAGUCAGGCGAUGGUAAGGCCUCCACAAUUUCGUGAAUGCGUUUCUUAUGAUGUUUUAGCGAUGAAAAGAACUCACAGAUAAAUAUCUUUUAUUAUAUAAACACCAAAGAAAUACCAGGUGAGCUUUCGCGCGAAAACAUGACAUCUACACACGUGAAAAUACCAUGUUAUCUUCACAUGUGAAAAGAUCACCGCUGCUAUGGCUAUAUAUUAAAAUCACGCCUCUCACAGCGAAAAACUAGCAAAGUGAAGUGGUUUGGUAUUACAUUCGUGUUUAUAUGAUAAAUACAACAUUACAUGGUCGCUUGAAGAUCCAAAUUUCUCUUGUCGUGCUGAAAAAUAUUUCACUCGAAAUUUGCACAUGCCAUGGCGGACUUCGGUGUCUACGGAAGCUCCACGUGAAAGCUUCCUACACGAGAAGUUAAACAGCCUUAACCUAUAUCGGACCAUACUCAGAGCCAUACUGGAAGAGAAAUAUUCGAAAUGAGUCAAGCUGAAAGAUCUAUGGGCGAAAGAAUUCCUUCCUAACAUCUGAAUGGAAAUUCGCAACAAGUUCGAAUCGCUCAAAGCGAGCAUACAAAAUUUGAAGAGAGGAUUUGACGAGCUCGAAAAGUCGCGAAUUUUCAUUUCAUCAACAAUCAAGGAUCUUAAAGAACACAAUGAGGGUGUGAGAGGCCAGAUCCAACAGAUCGAGGAAAACAUAAGUAACCUUGGCAGCAACGAUUACAGAGUAGAGGUCAAACUAGAUAAACUCGAACAGUAGAAGGAGUGCGUGGAAAUUAACGGUAUUCCAGUUGUGCCUAAUGACGAUCUAGCGCUGUUAGUGCGUGAAACUUCAGAUCUCGACGUAAACAAUAUUUCGAUCGCUCAUUGCCCGUAGCCAUCAAAGAAAGUGAAGGAUAGACUGAUUGUCAAAUUUACCCGAAGAGAGGGGAUGAAAUUUUCACCAAGAGGAAAAUUUUGAAAUCCAAACGGACGAAAGAUCUUCUGUCAGUCGCCAGUGAACCAGAAUCUGGUAUAGUAAGCCAUAAAGCGCAGAUCCAUAUCAACGAAAGUCUGAGGCCCUAUAAAAGACGACUGUUUGGUAGAGUGCUGCAAUUCAAGCGUUCCCUAGCCUGUGAACAGGCUUUCUGUUUGGGCCGAGGAAGGGGUGAAAAAAUCACGAGGAGAGGGAGGGCCUCUCCUCGCGAUUUAGAAUUUAUUUGGACGGCUAAACGGUAAAGUACUGCUUGAAAAAUCAGAGACCUCCACCACAAAGUCUUCUGUCACCCAUGAGAAAUUCGCAGAGUUCCUUGAUCAGUGUAAUUAACUGUUAUAUUGUACAUUCAUAGAGAUUUAAAUAUGGAUGAUUAAGAGGAAAACGUAAGUGGUAAUUUACCAGACAGGCGGCACGAUCUUGACCUUUAUGAUCUCUUCUCGGAUCCAGAUAAAUCUGAUGAGCGUAAUCCAGAUUUAAUUUUAACUUCGCCUUGUUCAGAUUAUUAUUCUGUUCGCCGUCUUAACAAAACGCUACUAAAUUCUCAGGCAAAAUCGACUUUCAAUUCUCCACUGCAAUAUCAGAAGUCUAUCUAAAAAUCUAAAUCUUCUGGAUGAACUAUUUUGCUCCCCUGAAUCCAAAGUGGAUAUACUUGGAAUUACUGAAACUGAAUUAAGUGAGAAAUCGAUUUCUAAUAUUGAUAUGGAAUCAAAGGCUAUAAUUUUUAUCACACCAAUUCGCCAACAAACGCAGGCGGAGGCGGCUUUGUAUGUGGCCGACAAUCUUAAAGCUAUACCCAGACCUGAUAUUAAACUUAAUAUGGAACUAGUUAAAUCUUGCUGGGCAGAAAUUGAUGCUGGUAAAGGCAAAAAGAAAAUGAGCAUAGGCUGCAUUUAUAAACAUCCUACUUGCAACUUAUAACAAUUUCGAAACCAAUUAAAUGAUAUAAUCAAAACACUUAAUCCCAAUAAACACGAAAUUUACAUUCUUGGCGAAAAGUUCUCAAUAGACAUGCUUUUUGCUAAUAAUAUCCUGCCUAUUAUUACUAAACCUACAAGACUUACUGAUCAUACAGCAACACUCAUUGAUCGUAUUAUACAAAUUAUGUGCAAAAUUUCGCAGCAGGAAUCUUAACAGUAGAUAUAACAGAUCACCUCCCAAAUUUCCGCUUUGUUAAAAUGCAGCCUCCGCGGAAUAAAAACAAAAGAUACUUCAGAGGUUUUUCUAAAUUCGACAAUGAACGUUUUUUAGAUGAUACAUUUAUAAACCUGAUUAAUUGGCACGAUAUUCUUGACCCAGAUAGGAAACUAAAUAAAAAGGCCCAAGAAGCAACCAGCACCUUGAAUAUAAUCGUGGAUAAACAUAAAUCCGUCAAGUUAGCUAGCCAGACAAGCAAAAGCAACUCAAUAAGCCAUGGCUUACUAAGAGCAUCCUAAAAUCAGUAAAAAGGAAACAGAAAAUGUACCAUACAUACUUCUUAACUAAAGACUCACAAAAAAUUAAGGAAUACAAGCAUUAUGCAAAUAUUCUCUCACAUUUAAAGAGCAAAAGCGAGAAAGACUACUAUACCAUGCAAUUUUCAAAGCAUUAAGACAACCUCAAGCAAACCUGGAAGUUUAUUGGCACCCUCGUUAAAAGGAAAACCAAAGGUCAAACCUUCCCCUAAGAAUUAUCCAUAAUAAUAGGACUUUUUUGACGGAAUAGGAUCGACAUAAUAAUUUGUUUGUAAAUAUUGGGCCAACUUAAGCAAAAAAAAUAAAAAUUGAUCACCCAGGUCCAUUGCAAUAUUUAGCGUCUACACCAAUAAACAGUUUUUACCUUGCACCAGUAACCCAAGCCCAAGUAUUUACUCUAUUUUCUUGGCUAAAAGAAAGCAAAGCAUCUUUUAACAUACCUAAUAAACUCAUUAAGCUCGCAAGUGGACCACUCGCUGUACCGUUCACAAAAAUAUAUAAUGAAUCAUUACUAUCAGGGCAAAGUUUCUGAAAUUUUUUAAAUAUCAAAGGUGACUCCAAUUUUAAAAGUAGUAGUGUAUCUGAGCUAGGGAAUUACCCACCAAUAGCUGUUAUUUCUACUUUCAGUUAAGUACUGGAAAGACUGGUAUAUGACCAACUUGUUUCCUAUCUGGAGAAAGAAUGUCUACUUUUUAACUCUCAGUUUGGUUUUCGAAAGGGAUAUUCCACUGAAUACGCCAUUCUAGAAACUCUAGAGAAUUUAAAAUCAGCAAUUGACGAUCAAAAAAUAACGUGUAGUAUUUUCGUAGAUUUUCCAAAGGCCUUUGAUGCAAUCAACCACAAAAUUCUAUUAGGAAAACUUGAUAAAAAGGGGCUCCGGGGACUUCCCCAUGGAUGGUUUCGAGCUAUUUAUCUAAUCGUUAACAAUAUGUCAAAGUUGGUAACGCAUAGUCUAGCCUGAAAACUAUCACAUGUUGUGUGCCUCAAGGCUCUACAUUAGGUCCACUGUUGUUUCUGCUGUAUAUCAAUGUCUUCCCCACGGCUUCAAACAAAUUAACCCUUAGCGUCUUUGCAGAUGACAUAAAUAGUUUUUACCCCUCUAAAGAUGCAGCUGAAUUCCAUAGAGCAAUUAAUGAAGAACAUGGCAAAGUCCUAAAGUACUGUGCCGCUAAUAUGCUGACAAUUAACAUUUCAAAAAGACUAAUUACAUGAUAAUAACCUCACCUAAAAGGAAAACAAAUAGAAUGACAAUUUGUAAUAUAGAGUAAAAAUCGCAGAUUAGGUAUUUGGGAGUUUUUUUUAUUGAUGAACAUCUCAAAUGGGAUACUCAGCUCCAACACAUUAACAACAAAUUGACAAAAAAUGUUGGAAUUCUAUUCAAGCUCAGACAUUAGGUGUCUCUGAAUACGCUCAAACAACUGUACUACACUUUUUUGUAUCCGUAAAGUAAGUCGAAAUAACUGUCUUCGUUGCAUCUUCUUUGAAAAUAAAAGAGAAAGUCCUACAUCAUAAUUUAUACUAUCAGUAAUCUUAAAACUACAAAAAAAAAUUUAAAUUAAAAGUUGCCUCCCUUGUACAGAAAAUUCAAUAUCAAAAAAACAAAACACCUCCUGUUCUUUAUGAUCUAGUUCAACCGGCUUCUGCAGUCCAUAACUAUAAUACCAGGUAUGCCACUAAUCAAAACUUGUACAGACCAUCUUUCAGAACUAAUUAUCGCCUUGCAAGAUUUAGUCGGUAGUGGCUACAGACACCUGGGAAACAAUACCUAUUGAAGUUAAAUGCCCCCCUUACAAUUCUUUUAAAAGAGAUUUUAAACUCUUAUUACUUGAUCGUCAGUGAAUAACAUUCAUCUAGACAUCUACCUUUGCUACUUUACAAAUUAAUUAAUUAUAAUAAAUAAUUAAAUUCUUAUAUAUCAACUUAAUAGUCGAUAUCUUUGUAUACUCUCUCCCUGUAAUAAUAGAUAAGAAAAUUGUACGAGCUAUUUAACUAGUUUUGCAAAUGAAACCGCGUCCCAUUAGUAACUGCGCCGUGGUAGUGGCCAAUCCGAAAGCUUUGCUCCUUUAUUUGGCCACUACACACUUUGCCAAUGGAAUAUUUAUUGUAACAUGUAGACUAGCUCUGAUUUCUCUCUUUCUUAGUGCAUUUAAUAUGUGCUUUUUUUGAAUAAGUGUGAAUGAAGUCAACUUGAACUUGAACUUGAACUUGAACUUGAACUCGUUCGCUACGCUCUCUCAUGAAAUAUUAUUCAACACUCGAACAGAAAUUUCGUAUCUCCGCGAGGCCAUGUAACAUCCUCUAUGUAUUUAAUUCUAUUGAAUGUUCAUUCACUAUUAAUUUGAUUAAAUCUCAAUUCUUAGGAAGUGAAUGGGAUUACGUCAUCAUAUCUUUGGUUCGCUCGAUGAAAGAGCACGACAUCGAAAGAGAGCCCUCUCUCAGCUGGCUCCGUGAACAUUUGGGAUUCUUAACAGAUGACCAUCAGAUGAACGUGGGAAUAACACGAGCACGCAGAGGGCUUUGCAUCAUUGGUAAGUCCCGGUUCAGACUACGAACUUUUCAUGAGCCGAAUCUAAUGCAUUGAUUUUAGUAUAUGAGAAGUUCGGUGUCUGAAUCAAUUAGGAGCACCUGUUUUCGGCUCUCCCAUUACAGAGACGCGCCCAUUCAAAAACGUCGAUCGUGAAAAUGCAAAUAAGUGAAAAAUGACGUUAAUUUAGUGUCAAUCAAGAAAUCUCCUGGGUAUAUCCCUUUCCUGGUUAUUGUCCCUGCUCAGACAGCCGCAACAUUUGCCUAUUCUUCGAUGAAGAAUAGAACUUCACGCGACUAACAAUAGCUCAGUCUGUUUAAAAACUAUCUAAAUUUACUCCGAAUUAGCAUGUGACUUUUUGCUGUUAAACGCUUCAAAAUUGAAAAAUCCUCGAUGAUUGUUGUUGAUUUUGCCGUAAAUAAUUCAAUGCACUGACUUAAAACGAAUUUUUACCUUUUACAAACUUCAUGGUUCGAAUCGAUCGAUGAAAUAUGAGCGCAACCGAUGCGUUAAUAGUUUGUUUACAUUUUGUCGCCGGUUUUAGAUAAUAUUAUAAACCUUAAAAUUUACGGGCAAAUUCGACGAAAAAGCACUCCCACUUACAUUCUUCAUUUAAGAUAUUGAUUUUAGCACAGUAUAGGGCAAAAUUAAGAGCGAUACUUUCUUUAAGAAUGCUAUAACUACAUACUUAAUGGCCAAACCUAAACAGCGAUCUAAUCCGUCUCUUGAAAACAACUACAAUACCGCUUCUGAUAAUAUUUAUAAAGGCUGCAAACAUUUUUAUUCAAUCGAGUGAUUUUCGUGAAGAUGAGUUUUUAAGUGAAGAAUACUUUGGUUUCUGAUUAGUUUUAACUGUUUUUCCAUCGAAACAAUUCGCACGAGACUACCGAAUUCGCGAGGGUUUUAUGUUAGUGCACGAGGAAGAAAAAUUCUUCUCUUUGCAUAUUAAACAUUUUCUUCUUUGUAGCAAUGACAAAGACAUUCCAACACUUAAAACAAUGGCAACCUACUUCUAUUGUUUCUGCAUUGUCUCUUGAAAGUGUGAGAAUAGUUAACCGCUAUGAAGUUCAUAAGAGACCGAAAACGACGGUAGUCUUUGAAACCUCGUUUUUGCUCGCAAAGCCUAAUGGGUACCCCACUUUUCACGGGCGACGUUUUUCAAUGGGCGCGUUUCUGUAAUGUUUUCAAUUUAGUUCGGCUGGAAUUAAGAUCGGCGUCUGAAUCAAUCCAGGCGGUCUGAAAAAUUUUAAUCGGUCUUAACUUCCAGGUUAUUUGAAUUAGGUUAGGCUCAUGAAAAUAAAAUAACAAACUAUUCGACGUUUGAAAGGGCCUAAGCCAGUCUUGUGGAUAUCAUGGCUAGACAAAGAACAAUCAUGCAACAUGACCGUAAAUCCGAGCAUACGCAAUGUAAAUCUAAUAGAAGUCAUAGUCACUACACAAACCAAUCGCCUGCGAAGAAUUCGGUAACAGGGUUCAUUCACAUUCUGAAUCUUUGCAGUGAUGUUGCGUUUUUGAGUUGGUACAACGAGGAUUGCCUUGCUGCCUUUCAGUUUAUAAUCGGCUUGCAAAAAUUGAUCAUUUAGGUGUCCAAAAUACUUACCAUGGCUAAAUCACAGACACCAGGGAGGUAGAAGUCCCUUAGUUGCUUUAAGUAAUCUUCCGAUCAAAAAAGAACCGAAUAAGUGUACUUGGAUGAUGUUUUUUUUUUUUUGACGAAAUUGGAACGUUAGCGGAGUCAGGAUAGCGUAGAGUCCAUAUACGGACAUACGCCCGUGAGUACAUGUACAGCUGAAAUAUGGAUUUUUUUUAUAUAUUUUCUGAAAAAAACAUUUUCUAUCAAGGGAAAAAUACCGGGUGAUGAGUGUAAGGUCCUUGAUUACUUCAAAUGAGCAGUAUUUAAGGUAUCAAAAGAACGUCAUCAAAGUUUAUUUGAAAAUAACAAUUUACGACGUGGAUGAUUUAUUUUUCGUUUAUAUAGGUAAUCAAAAUCUUCUGAGCAAGCACGCUAUGUGGCAGAGUUUGCUACAAUUCUACAAGGAAAAUAACUGCGUGGUGAAUGAAAGUGACUGGCCUUGAAGCAUGCAUUUGACAGAAAACCUUAUGUUAUUCACAGCAAAAGCUGAUUACAUUUAAAUAACGUUUAUUUAAGACUAACUGUAAUUAAAAAAUUGAACUAGUGGUGGUUCUAAAAUUGCAUGAGAAAACGUUUCAGUUUAAUCUUUAGAUUUGUGUUUUCAAUGAACUUACCUUGUUCGGUACGUUUUAUUUACAUGCAACAAUUAAAUAUAGCUUUUUUAAUAAAAGACAUUUGAAUGUGUAUUAUGGACUCGUUUUUUCAUGUGUCCCACCCUAAUCGCUUUGUAAUCCCGGUGUCUCUAUUAUUUCCCUUAGUUUUUACUGAAUAAACCUUUUCA